GUGAGCUCCAGCUCCCGCCGGCAGCAGCAGAGGAGGCAUCACCCCAGCCAGGCUGUCCUCGCUGAAUUGCGGCCGCCUUUCUAUCGAACGACCAGAAGGGACUUGCUGCUGCUGCUGCCGCCACCGCCACGACCACCUCCUCCUCGUCUUCUCUUUCGCGCGCCAACGCGGGAGCCCUUCGCGCCGGCAAUUUCGACGCCUCAGCCGCGCCAACUAAACCGGCCCUCGCGCAAACUUCCCCGCGCAAACUGCGCGGCACCUUUCACUCGCCGCCCCCCUUUACACCACACGCGACGUGCGCUCUCCUCCCCUCUUUUUUUGGUCCCUCAGACAUCACUCGCUCCCUCCUUGGAGGCCUCCCCCCCCCCAUCCUCUCUGUCUCUUCCCCCCUCUCCACCCCCGGAUCUAAGGGGUUUCCCCCCACACACACCACACGGAAAGCUCUCGCUCUUGGAUUUGCCUUGGGAUUUGCCAGGGAAGCUCGCGGAGGCAUGGUCGCUCUGAAGAUGCUCCCGCUCAAGCUGCUCUUGGUGGCCGUGGUCCUCUGCUUCUUCGAGGGGGAGGCCCGCUUUGGGGAGAGCGGGGGGGCCAAGAGGAGAAGGUGCCUGAACGGCAGCCCCCCCAGGCGCCUCAAGAAGCGAGACAGGAGGCUGAUGCUGCUGGAGCCGCCCCUCGGAGGGGAACUCAUGUGCCGGGGUUUCUACCCUCGCCUCUCCUGCUGCCCCAGGGCGGACAGCCAGGGCUCGCUGCACGUGGAGAACAAGGUAAAGCGCGCGGCGGCGGCGGGUGGGAGGGCUGCACACUCCGGGGCUCACCUGAGCAGCAGCAGCAGGAGGAGGAGGAUUUUUUUUUGGGGGGGGUCCUCCUCGUGAUCUGGGAGGGUGGAAGGAGACUCCUGGGGGAGAACCAAGGAGAGGUGGACCUGUAUCUGUCUGUCUCUCUCCUCUUCAGCAGGCUUGCAAAGGUGGUGAGAAGGCCAGCAGCUCUGGGGAGGUGUCAAAGGUGGCCUGAGCUUGGGUGCUUCAAGCAGUAGAGGAGAAAGGUGAGGGUGGGGGAUAGGUAGACGUCUUCACCUGGACUGAUUUCUGUUGGCCAAGGAGCCCAUGAAACUCUGGAGUGGCUCAGAUCUUCUUCAUCAACCCCCAUGUUAUCCCAAACUCAGGCUUAGCAAAGGAGAGAGGGCUGCAAUCCCAAACGGACUUUUGCCCGGGAAUAAACUCCGUUGAACUUUCUUGCAAGUGAACUUCCAUUGGCUCGCACUGUAAACCCCAUUAAGUAUAGUUUGACUUAGUUUUGAGCAUAAACGUGUAAGAAAGAUAGCGCUGUUGUUCCUCUUGGAUACUGGCACCUUUGAUACUGUUGUGCCCUUGUUUCCUUUCCCUCUCUUCUAGGAUGGGGUGCUAAUUUCAGGAACACGGUGUGUGGGUGUGUGGGUGUGUUGGUUCCUGCAGGUUUCUGUUGUCCCUCAAGCACAACAGUCCUUGGAAAACUUGUUACGAGGUUUUGGUUGGUAACUGAUGCUGGGUCUUCAGAGAUUGGCGAUGUCAAAAUCUGGACGCGGGGCAGAUAAUUAGUUUGUACAAAAAAACCCCCAAACCUUGACCGCAGGUUAACAAUCUAGGAUAACAAUUUAUUGGGGGGGGGGUAAAAUUGUGAAAUUUUGUGUACUACUGUAUAGUGAAGGGAUGCUGCAGCCCCUGGAAGCCCCAAUUGUCAAGUGGUCCCAUCUAGAAGAGAGCAGAAAGAAGCUGAGUUAGAAAACAGGUAGACUUUCAUCCCGGUCUGGAUGAGACAUGGGACGGGAGGGGGGGGGCAGAGAUGCUGCCAAUAAAGUCUGGAGGGUUUUCUUGGAGUCAGUCAACGCUCCCUGGCAGCCGUGGGACUGUAAAUUAAGGUGGCGGUGGUUUCCCCGUUUAUUUUUUCUGAGGGUAGAAAAGUGUGUACGAUUCUCUCCACAUGUUUGGUCAGGAAACUUCGGGUAGCAGAUGGUGAUUGGGAGAGCAGAUGAUGCCAGGACGCUGCAAACUUUUUACGAGCUCUUCCACCGAUUAGGUCGGUCCCUUGCUCUGGAGAGAGAAAAGGGGAGGGGGGGAGAGAGAGGAUUCCCUGAAGUUGUUCCUCGACAAACUGGAGGGGUUGCAAAUGGAUCUUUCUCAAACGGGAUAAAAGGAGGGUAUCUACUGGAUUGUGUGUGUGGAAAGAGAGAGAGAGAGAGAGAGAGAGAGAGAGAGAGAGAAUUUGCUUUUUUGCAGCGUGACAGUUUUAACGUCAUUAGACUUGAUGGCAUUCUGAGGAUAAAUGAAAAAUCCUAGGCAUCCUGGAAUAAGAAGGGCGCCUGUUCAGGGGUCUGCUGUUCUUCUGCGUUCCAGCGUGUUGGUGUUCUCUAAGUUUUUCAGGCUAUUGUUUCCAUCAGAAGGGCAAUGUGUAAUGCUGGAUCUAGGGAGGGAAACGUGAUGAAUAAAUGUCAUUGAGAAUCACUGCACGUGAAAUAAACAAUCAGGUGUCUUUCUCACUGCCCCCUCUUUCCCCCUGCUCCCCCUUCCAGCUUUUAGGUUUAAUUAAGAAUUCCUCCGUUACAACACUGCAGUUGUCAAGGUCUGAGAGCGUCUUGGAAAACUUGUGUUUCAGUCUUUCUGGCCCAAGCAUAAUAAAAAAAAAAAUACCCAGCCUGAAUCGAAUUUUUAUGCUCAGUUCACGGUAGAUUUCACUCCAUUCUCAUGUAAACAGCUUCUACGAAUCAACAUAUGUGUCUGGGUGGUAUCUCUCACUUUGUUUUGUAACAAAAAGCCAUAUUGCAUCAUUUAAUUUGCUCAAGUCAUGCAAAUAGGGAAAAAAUCAAUAGGACAAAAAGGGGUCGACUUAUCCUCCUCCCCACUAAACUGCUGCCCACACACAGAGUCCUGUUGCUUAUGGCAAAAGAAUAACAACAACACCAUUGUAUUUGUUGGUUGGUUCGCUAAUGGGUGAAACUGGAGAACAUCAUUCUCCUUCAGUCCCCAGCUCUGUCCAAAUGCUCAUGCCUUUUGAUAGAGCAUUUGUCCUAUCGCCUCUGUUCCCAGAUGAGCGAGAGCUGUCUUUGCUGCAGGGAUUUCAGCAAAGGAAACUCUAUUCUUACCAGAUGCAGCAGGAGUUUGGUUGAAUAUUUUCUCCGCAUGUUUGGCCAGAGGUAGUGUCAGCAAAGCUCCUGUGUGGUAAUCACAUUAAACUACACACUAACUACAUUCAGAUAACCUCCUAAAGUCUCUAACUGAAACCCACAAAUGCCAGAGUCAAGCGUGGAGGGGGGGUGUCCUUAAUUUAUCCUGUUAGUAACAUAUAGAAAUGAGCAGCAGCAUCUGCUGGAUGGACUCUCUGAAAUCUCCCUGUAAUAAAUAAGCUCUCUGUGGUGGAUUAAAGGUGAGACAGACUUUACACAAUACUUGCAUUUCUACCCAUUUACAGAACUUGAUUUCUUAGCACUCUUUCUUUUGUGGCUGGUGACAUCUAAAAACACUUUUAACUGGAAGGACAUGAUUUAAUGUAUAUCUCAACCCAUCAUUUCAGGCUAUGUCAUAUCCAUAUAUAUCAUAUCAUUCAUUUAAACAAAACUUGGCAAUAAACAUUUUUGCACGUCUGUGUACCAGAUGGACAAAAAUAUGCAUUUUUUCCAUUUUCAUGUGCAAUGCAAUCCUAUUCAUGCUUACUCAGAAUCAAGUCCCAUUGAUUUCAAUGGAAUUUACUCUCAGGUAAGUGUGCUUUGGAAAGUUUGCCACUUCUGAUUCAUGUGACACAUAAUGGAUGACUUUCCAAGCAAAAUGUGUCUAGUGCAUUUAGUGAUAGCAGACUCUGAACAGGGUGCUCUGGAAAUGCUCCAGGAAGUACGUCCCUAUGGCUGUGCUGUGACACUGCACUUAUGAUAUACCCACCCACAGACAAGGGUAAGGGUGAUAAGAAAUAAGUGUUUCAGCAGUUUUUAAAAGUAAUGAAGCACACUCAGCAGUCAUUUCUAAUUACAAAAAGGCUCUUGGUUUAAGACUACAUUUGUCAACCCUCUGGCAAUUUAAUGAUCAAAUUAUUGAUCUGUAUUUCUAAUGAAAUGCUGCCAGCCUCUUAAGUAGUGCAAAGCUGCAACAGAAAAUGAACAGACACAUGAAAUUACAGUCUCCCUUUAUCAUCUUUAUUUUGUUUUGUUUUGUUUGCAUGAUGUCAUUGACAUUUUAUCCCUACCUUCUGGUGCUCUGGAUUAUUCUCCAUUUACCAUUUGAUUCUCUAAAUUCAUAAGCAAAUAAUGACAUAUUAAAGUUUUGUGCAUUUUUUAUUUUUUUUUAAGUUUUCUUACAGGCUGUCAAACACAGUGAUCUUCUCUACCUUAGUUGGUUUCACAGCCAAGGCUGUCAGGGAAUGGGUGAAAAGUAAUUGUUUUCAAGUGUGCCCUUUUACAAUCAUUUGUUUGCUCUGGCUCUUUCUUCAACAAAAGCUAUUGUUGAACACAUCCAACUAAACAAAUAACUCAUCUUGGGGUCCCUGUAACAGCUGCCUUGGUACAAUGAUCUAUUUACAUAUUGUCCUAAAAUUGAAACUGAACUCCUUAAUGACAUAAUCUAGUACUAUAGUACCAAAUGAAGCAUAUGCUGAAACUAGCAGCUGAACCAUCUUGAAAGCAUUCUGUUCGCAGGAAUAAUUACUUGUAUACCAAAUACUGCUUCAUAUUAACAUCAGAACUGAAUGCUAUGAUUUUUCUGCUGACUUGCCUCCUUGCACCCAUGUGAAAUGGUACAAGUUGUGUUGGCCAGAUUCUCUUGUAAAAUCAGAAGAAAUUAUGCUCCUAUAUGCCUGUUCCCUUUCACCUUUAGCUUAAUAGUGCCAACCCAACUUUGUAAACUACAAGUCCCUGCAUAUUUAUCUCACCUGCCUUCUCUUGGCUUCAGCUUCCUGGGUAGAGAUUAAAGGAUGAGUUAACAUAUGUUAUGAAUCAGUCAGUAGGCAUAAUAAUUAGUAAGCAUACUGUAAGCUUAAGCCACUGUAAUUUCAUGGUUCUACAUAUGGCUUUUGGAAACAGCAAACUAAUUUGAGUAUAACAAAUCUGAUUUUUUUUAAAAAAAAUGUAUGCUCAUUCUUAAAGAUACAUUUUACAUUUGGGGGGAGGGGUACAUUUAUUCAGAUUAAUCCACAUUUGCCAUGCCCAUGACAGAUUUGCCAGUGAGUGAAACAGGGUCUGUAGGAACUGAUGCAUGCAGAAAGUCCCAGUCCCUGACAUCAUCAGUUAACAGGAUCUCAGGUAACUGAUCUGUAAUCUGAGAAGGAAUAAUAGCUCAGUGGUAGAACACCUGCUUGGCAUGCAGAAGGUCCUAGUCAAAAGAAUAAGGUAACAGAUUAUGUGAAUGGCCUCAGGCUAAGAGCAGCUUGCCACUCAAGAGUAGGCAGUAUUGGGCUGGCAUAAAGCUGAGCUGGUAUAAGCCUAUUUCCUGUGUACCAGAACUCAUAUAUAGCAAAGUAGGCUAAGUCUGCAAUACGAGAGCAGUAUGAACUAACAUACCACACAGAGACAAAAUCAAGUAGGGCAUGUUCACAUAGAGACUUUCUCACACCCCAUUAGGCCUGUUUCUCUGGGCACACCUUUGAUGCUGUGUGUGUGUGUGUGUGUGCGCGCCACCAUAGGUGAGGGAAGUCCCUGUGUGAGUGUGUCCUUAAUGUGUAUUUCAUAGGGCCAAUCCAACCAUAAAGGCAAACUAGGCAAAUCUAGAGUGUCAAAUUCCAGGGGUGCCCACUACAGAGCUGCUUCCUGUGCUUUUGGAGGAGGCAAACAGGGGCAGCUUAGCAGCUCAAGGCCUGUGAGAGAGGAACCCCAGUGUCCCAAGAGCCUUAAACACUGUAGUAAAAGGGAAGAAAGUAAUGUAGUGAGAGAUAUUUAAAAAGAGGACACAAGAAUUACAGCCUAGUCAGCUUUUGUUCAUUUCAUGUGCAAUACAGUAGUCUGAAUUUUUGCAGGACGCAGCAACUGCAACUACCAAGUUGCUUGUGAGCUUUCCUUGCUCAACCCCUGCUCUGUGGCUGCUCUGCUUCUCCUCUCUCUCAUGCCCAACAAUGCUGGCCUUCCACUGUCAGCUGUGUGGAAGUCCACCCCUUGCUGCUUUGGGUGGCAGCCCUGCCUGGGCUUGAGUUCUGUGAGCUGGGGGUGCAAGAGCUGGGCAGAUGUGGGUGGCACCACUUUGGGAAGGACUCAGGGGCAAGGACCACCACCAGUAGAUGUUAAUCUACUGAAUGAGGGGCUUUAUGUGGGCCUUUUAUUCUGUGAGAUUGGCUGUUUUGCCCAGUUAAAAUUUAAAAGAACAGUCUGGGCUCUUAUUUUUCUUUUGAGUCUUGGGUUGAUGAUUUUUGUCUGCAGUAGGAUCAGUUGGGGAGAGCUCAGCAGGCCCCAGCUGCAGUGAUGAAGUAUGGUGUGAGAGAAGGGUCAUGCCAAGUAAGGGGGACUUGACACAGAGAGUUGGUGGCUGUGUCAGCUUCUUCUCUUGCCAGAGUAAUUGUGGUUGUUGUUAUCAGCCAGCCCUCGGAUGCUGUUAUUAAGUACCAGGUCAGUUUUAAAUAAAAUCUCCCUCUUUCACAAUUUGUGAAUGGUGAAGCUGAGCUGGCUUGUAUUACCAGUACUUGCUGAGUUUAACUGAUCUUACCCAGCUUUCCCUACCUGAGUACUUGGUACAGUGUCAGGGCAAACUUGGGGGUCAGGGAAGAGGGGUUGCUGUGACAGUAGAAAUUGGAUCUCUCUCUCUCUCUCUCUCUCUCUCUCUCUCUCUCUCUCCCCAAGCUUCCUGUUUUCUUGAGUGGGACUCUAGUGUGUCUGUGCCUUUUAUUGGGCAAUUGGAACAGAUUAGGGAUUCAGCUAGUUUACCAUCCAGCCUGCUGCCCAGCAGUCUUUCUGCCUGAGCUAACAGAAGUGGUCUUGGAGGUAGUGUUGUCCCACCCCACCCCCCACCCCGGGCUGUUGAUCCUAGGGGACUUCAACAUUCAUGUUGAGGCCACUAAAUCUUGGAUGCCUCAGAACUUCUAUGGUCACAAUAACAACCAUGGGGUGCUAUCAGCCUAAUGCAUAUGGCAGACCACACUCCGGAUCUGGUCCACCAGCUGGGAAGAGGGUGAUCUGAAAGUGGGGGGGGGGGGUUAACUUAAGUUGCUUGUCAUAGUCUUAUAAUUUCCUGUUCAGAUUUAGGUAUUCAGCUGCUUUCUCCCUCUUCAGCAGCUGGAGACCUAUUAGAAUCGUCUGCCUUUUGGAGGCUGAUGGAUCCAAUUGGGUUCCAGGCUACUCUGGGAGAUACUGCUGUCAAAAUCCUAGUUAACCCAUGGACUAGGUGGAAGAUGUGGACUAUGGUUGCCCUUGAGCACCCUGUCCUGUUUGGUAGAGCCAAAUUGACUUCUUGGUAUCACCAGAGCUUAGAGCAAUGAAACAGCUUGAGUACACGUAGAUGAAAAAUCCAGAUGAAUGCAACUGAACACUAGUGAGUGUUCAUUAUUAAGUCUCCUCAAUAGUAGUGAAUAUAAUGAAGAAGCACUUUGCUGCCUCAAUUGCAUCCUCACUAUGCCACACAACAGAGCUUUUUGGGUAGUAUGGAGCCUUUUAUUCUCGGCCCAAAGGAGGUGGAUGAACCAAUGUGAACCAUUGUGACUUUUGUAAAGCAUUUUGGGGAUAAAAUCCCUUGUAUCCAAGUAAGAUAAAGUAUCCCUGCAUGGUUAAAUCCAGUCAAAUUCAACAUGGGGUGCAGCGUUCUUCUCCACUUUCAGGCUAAGGGAGCCAGUGUUUGUCCACAGACAGCUUUCCAGGUCACAGAACACCGUGACAAACGCCAGAGCACACAGAAACACUGUUUACCUUCCUGCCACAGCAGUACCUAUUUAUCUACUUGCUCUGGUAUGCUUUCAAACUGCUAGGUUGGCAGGAGCUGGGACAAAGCAGGAGCUCACCCCGUCACGUGGAUUCAAACUGCCAACCUUAUGAUUGGCAAGCCUAAGAGGCUUCAUGGUUUAGAUCACAGCGCCACCCAUGUCCCUGUCCCUUGUAUCCACCAUGCCUUUCACUGCAGCAGGUGACUCUCAACAGAUAACCAGAACGCUAUCUUGUCCUGUUUUGUUAAGUUGAUAUGGCUUGAGAAUAUGGACAAAAUUGUUGGAUCUGCAUAGGUGACCACAUUUGCUCUUGACCCUUGGCCUUCAUAGCUAAUGAAAACUAGUAAAGAGUGGGUGGCUUGCUCAACCAGGGAGGUGAUUAACAUCUCUGUAUAGGAGGGAGUUAUCUCUAACUGCUUAAAGGAAGACAUUAGACUUAAGAAAUGCUCCCAGGAUUCAGAGAAUUUAAACAACUAUUGACUGCUACUGUCCCCUUCUUGAGCAACACUGAGUAAGUUGCUACUAACUAGAUCCAGGCUCUGUUGGAGGAGACUGAUUGUCUGGAUCCAUUUCAAUUGGAGUUUAGGCCUGGCUUUAGCAUGGAAACUGCCUUGGUUGCCCUGUGUGUUGAGAGACAGGCAGAGUAUGAUGCUGUUGAUUCUCCUUGAUCUCCCAGAAACUUUUGAUACCAUUGACCAUAGUAUCCUUCUGGAGCAUUUGUCUGAGUUGGAAGUGGGUGGUACCACUUUACAGUGGUUUCAGUCCUACGUGGAUGGUCAUCUUCAGGCAGUGGUGCUUGGGGAUGUUGUUUAACCCCAUGAUCCUUCCUAUGAGGGGUACUGCAGUGGUCAAUUUAAUUGUCAGUGCUAUUUAUUGUGGCACCUUAAUGACUAACAGAUCUGUUACAGCACAAUAUUCCACGGGCUACAGUCCACUUCAUCAGAUUUCCUUUGAAGCAAAAUAUUUUAGUGCAUUGUAUGUGGUAAUUGUCUUACCAAAGUUAGGAUGUCUGUGUUAUUAACAACUGCUUUGUGAAUUACCACUCUUUAUUAUGUAAUUAUCACUGUCUGUAUUCUUUUUCUGCAUUUCAUUUCCCUGUUUACAGUAUCCUCUCCCUGUGUAUGUAUAUACCUGUAAAUUCAUGCACCUGAUAAAGUGGACUGUAAUCUACAAAAGUUUAUGCCUUAAUAAAUUUGUUAGCCUCUAAGGUACCACAAUGCUCUUUGUUGUUUUUAAAACAACAGUGUUUUUACUUGUCUGCAGAAAUCAGAAGGGAGGCUGUUAGAAUUACCCUAGGAGGGGAGUUCCAUGAGAAUUAGCUCAGAGCUUGAAUAUUCUAGUGAAUUACCUCCAACAGCUGCUUAAAGCUUGCAGCUGCCUAGAAGAAAACACAGCAGUUACCUCUUGGUAAAACUUGAGCUAUGCACAGCCCAUCAGGAAACUAUGUGUAAUGUUAAUUUUAUAAUUUAUUAAUCAUAUUCUACACAUACAUAGACAUCCUAACAUAAUGUACAAAACGCAAUAAAACACAGGCAAAAACAACACAGUAAAUAACUGGAUAUAAAUCUAAAAGUUUAUAUCUACAUAAGUAGAGACCCAUGUGGCAGAGGCAUUUUCAUCCAAGCUGGGAAAGUUUAUCAGAUAAACAAAUUCAGUUGUCUGCAAAUGCAGAUAAUGAGUGCCUCCUCUUGAGAGGAACACUGUUCCACAGAAUAGGGGAGCCACACACAAAAAACCCUGUUCUGACUUACUGUGGAAAAGGCUUCUAAGAUCGUUGCAACUUGAAAUAGAAUCUCUCCCACAGACUGCAAUGAUCUACUGGGUAUGUAAGGGAUAAGGCAUUCUCUCAAUUAAUGAGUAAUAAGUUGUCCAUCUUUUGAGUUUUAUUUGUGGACUUCUUUUGCCUGGCCUAGUCUGAUGCAUUUUUCUUUUCUCUGUGGUCAAACUAACAUAAAAAAAUCUGUACCCCUUCAUCACAGCAUACUAUGUGUCUUUCUCCUUGUUAUGGCUUCCUGCUAGACAGUUUCAGCUUCCUUUUUCCAAGCUACGGCUUCUUUUCAGACCUGGUGACAUCAGGUGAUGCAUUCAGGCAGUUACCAACAACUCAGUGCUACCUUCUCCUCAUCAUGCUCUUUAUCCCUUAUCUGUGGUGCUUCCAUCACUUCCAGUUCCUCCAUCGGCAGUGGUGCCACCUCCACCUCCAUGGAAGAUGUAGCAGUCAUUUGUCCCAGGAAAAGAAGUUGUGUACUGUGCUGCUGAAUUGGAAGCGCAGAAAGCUUCCAUUUGGACAUACCCUUUAUGACCUUAAGGAUGAAGGGCCAACUUUGCUUUGAGAUGCCAAAAUCUAGUGCUGAGACAGUUGCCACACUGGGGAUUUAAACAAUUAACAGUGUAUAAUAGAACUAAAGGAGAGUACUGUACAAUUUUCUGAAUUGUCAGUGCUUCACAAGUGCAGGCCAUCUUGAAAAAUAUGCUUUAAAAUGUCAUAUGGUUAAAUUUAGGUGGGUUUUUUUGCUAAGACAGUUCCAGUGAAUUGAGUGCAUUUCACUGGCACAAGUGUAAUGAAACCACUGACAGAUCACUUAGCACGAUGAAACACUCUCUCUGAUCUAAUUUGACUCCAAGUUUUAUGUGAUUGCCACCAAGCCAAUAAAUGUGAUGACUCCAAACUUUUUUACAGUACUGUGGUGUCUCAGAAGAGCCAUGAUACAAUAUACACUAAUUAUGGGCUGACUCCAAAUUGAAUUAAGUAAUAGAGCUGGAUUUGGCAUAGAAAAUGUUUAAUUCAAGCAGAAUGAAUGGAGCAAUGUAGCGAAAAAUUACUGUACUCUUUCCAAAAGAACUGCUCAGUAUGACGUUACAGAGACUGAAACACCACAUAUCCCACAUACUCCAUGGUCUGAAUAACAUUGUUAAGUGUUGAAUAUCAAAUUGAUUCUAGGUUGUAAAAUCUCCCAGAAUGCAGAAUGUGGCUGGGACAUUAUCCAUAUUAUAUUUUUAAAAAUCUGAAAAAUAUAUAUAAAAAGACAUCCAUAUGCAUGCUGAAAUAAAUAUUACAUUUGACUUUCAGGUAAUAAGUUACAAAUAAAUGGGAACAUGUAAGGAGUGAAAUAUUGUCAUGUAUUUUUUAUAUAUAAAUGCAGUUGCUUUUUGACUGUAGAGCUUUUCAAUGCAAAAUGGUUUAGUGGCCAAUUUCUAUAUUCUUGGGGGAGCCAUAAUAUUCUCCAGAUAGUGGCCUACAGGCGGAAAAUCUCUCUUAUGAGGGCUGGGGUCAUUUAAUAAAGUUGGUGUCAUCUAGGAGGAAGGAUUUCCCUGUUAUGGCACAUACAAAAUCCAAAGAGUACUGGAACAUUAAAGUCUGGAAUCACAUUCAUGCACUCUCUCUCUCUCUCUCUCUUUCUCUCUCUCUCUCUCUCUCUCACACACACACACACACACAGACAAAGAAAGACCUUUUGAUAACAAUUUUCAUUUCAAAUGCAACUGCUGGCAAUAUUUUACAAUCCACUUUUAGAAAAAUCUGUUGACUAGAUUAAUAGAUCUUAACAUAGACUGAGGGCUUCCUGUUGACCAUCCCUGGUAUGGAGUGUGUCAUGUAAGUAUAUCACAGAGGACUUUCAUGCAUGGGAGAGGGAGGGACGGGAGAGAGGAUUUAGAUGACCAUGGAAAGGUGAAAAUAAACUAAAUUGUUCACCAGUUUGUAUUGAAAACUAAACUGGAGAAAAAUUAUGUUUCCAUAUUUGAAACAUUAUGAGCCCCCAAGUUUCAUACUGACAGGACAGGAAAUAUGAGAUUUGGUGAAAUCACUAUGCCAAGCAAUCUAAACCAUAUAAGCCAACAGCUGUUGUACUUACCAGAAACGCAGUAGCCAGCUACCACUACCACCUUCAUGAGCUUCUCUGUUUAGUAUCCCAACGUUGAUCAGAUUGGAAUGAAAACCAAAGCAGGAUGUGGCCAAUUCUAUGGAUGUGUUGCUGGCAAAAGGGAAAGUUUAGUCAUUAAGCCUGAGGUUCUCUAUUUCUAUUCAACUAUGAAUUUAAUUAUGACAAGUUUCAGUGACUGUUCAUUAUACAUUGUGCAUUCAUUCAGAUAGUGUUCCAAAUGUUAAAAGCAAAAAUACUCAUAUUUUUGUUGAUGAAUGUGGUUUCUACUGUGCUGUAGAUCAACUUCAUAAGAUUAUAUGUGGCCAGUGAUAAUUAAGCAAUCCCAUUCUAGAGCUAGCAAUGAGUUGGCUUUUGACUAAACUGACUGGCUUUCAGGGCUGCAGAAAAACUGCACAGUCUCGUGCUAAAAAUACUGGUGAAUUAUGGGUGCUCGGUUGCUUAGACUUAUGUGUGUUUGCCGGUGACAUUGCUGCUUUUACAUGUAUUCCUGUAUAACUGCCCUGCUUAAACUGGCAUCGGAUAUUUGCAUUAGUUCACAGGCCUUUUUGCAGGAGGCGGGAAAGCUUAUAUGUCUCUGGUUUGUGGCUUGCAGAUCUUUUCAGUUACCAACAACACAGAAUGUGUGAAGAUGCUGCAGGAAAUAAAAUGUGCACACUGUUCGCCGAAUGCUCAGAAUCUGUUCCACUCAACUGAGAAGGAGGCACUGGGAAGAGAACUAGUCCUUCCUUUCCUGUGCAAGGAUUAUUGUAAAGAAUUCUAUUACACUUGCAGAGGUCACAUACCAGGUAAAUCAACAUUGUAAAUAGUAAUGUAUUAUAAUUGUGUAUACCUUUUAUUGCUAACACAUUGUGCAAAGCAUCCUAUGUGUGUCCUAAUGUGUUUUAUUCAGAAAAUACUGUUCAGGAGUCUUACAAUUGGAUCUAGAUAAUCAGAUCAUCUACAGUUAAGUGUUUCUUUUCUUAAAAUUCAUUAUGUUAACUUGGCAUAGUGUACAGUUUGUCCCGUUCUCCCCAUGGGACACUAAACCAUAACUCCUGGGCACUGCCCUUUAUCCAGUUGCUUAGUCUCGAGGCAACAGGAUCUAGGCAACAGGUCCAGAGUGCAAACUCUGGUAAAUCAGGAUUGAGCACAGGCUCUGCAGGACCUGGGAGAGCUCCCAGUGGGUGUUCCCAGAUAAGGCAGAGACCAGCACCUAACUGGCAACUUGCUUCUGGCUUGAAGCAUCACACCUGUGUGCAAAUGAACAGCCUCAGAAUGUGCAUUAUUAUUUCUCUUCUGAGGAUCUCUCAUGGAGAAGAGGCCUGUUUUAUACCUUUCGCUGGAGUGUUGUAUGUCAGAAAAGUGGAACUAAAUCUGAAACUGUUCUCCUGCUUCUGCAAAUACUAUAAAAGGGUCACUGCUUAAUGUUUUGCAUGCAAAAGGUUCCAGGUUCAAUCUCUGGCAUCUUCUGGUAGGGCUGAGAAAGACUCCUGCCUGAAACCCUGAGGAGCUGUCACUACUUAGUGCAGACCGUACUGAGCGGAAUGGGCCAGAGAUCUGACUCAUUAUAAGACAUCUUCCUAUAUUCUUGUGCACAAGCAGAAGAAUGGGAAUUGCUAUCGAACCUAACCAACUACAGCACUGUUUACAAAAUAGCAUUAGUGGGGUUUUUAUUUUUUAUUCAUGGUUCUUUUGAUUCAACACUAUAAUUUGGAUUCAAAGUGGAGUUAUCAUCAUCAUUACAAUAUUUAUUAUUUUGUAUAGCACUUAAAAUAAACUAAGCAUUUAGUUGCAAUUGAAAGCUGCCCAAAGACAUUCAGCCUAAAUAUUGACAAGCCAUUGGGGAAGGGGACAUAGAAAAAAUAUGCAAAAUAUGGAAAUGGUAUAUGGGAGAAACUGUUGAUGUAAGUUUAAUAUUAUUAUCACACUUUAAAAAAAUUGUAAACAAAAAAAAAAGCACACCCAGAAAAACAGUAAGGGAGGAAGACCAAGAAAAAAGGUUGGGUUUUCAGGAAUGUUUCAAACGAAGUCACAGAGGAAAGUAAUCCCAGCCAUAGGGAGAAAUGGAAGACCAGGGAAAACCCCUCAGUCCAAAUAGAGGAUCAAAGGAAAGGCAAGCAAAGAAACAGGAGAGUGCCAGGUAGCAAUAAAGGAAGUUGAUGUCCUGUCCUCUUUGAAGCACUGUGCUAAAAGGGCCAUAUCAGAGGUCACAGGCAGCCUCAGGUGGAAUAGUGGGUGUUAAAUCAUCAGCGAGGAGCCCCAAAAUGCCUGAUGCCUCAGAAAUGUUCACUUGAAAUUUUGAAAUACAAAUAUGGACUCAGAAGACUACAUGAGAUGUCUACUUCAUUUUUUAAAAAGUUUGUUGUCCUUUUAAGAAAGCUGAUUUUGUAGUAAUAUAAGUUAAACAUAUCUAGAGGACUAAAGCAAACCUUCAACGUAUUUGUAGGAUUUGGACCAGUUCCAUGGUGUUGCUAAACACAUUGGGCAAAAUAGUGGCGUUUGAUAAACACAUGAGACCACAGCAUAGUAAAUGUUAUUCUUAAUGUAUUAUGUAAUAGAGAAGAGAAUCUAGGCCAUGAGAUCUAUGGUGACCAUACAUGGGACACAAUCCAGAUAAAUUUACAUUGUGCUUAAGUCCUUUGACACCAAUGGGUUUUAGGAACACUCAACUUUCUCUGGAUUGUCCCUGUAGUCUACUAUCACCUUUCUCUGUACUAUCAAAAUGUUUUGCAGGGGAUGUCUUAUCCUCCAGCUGCUCCAACUUUAACCUAAUUAUCAUAAAUUAUUCUGCUUUUUUUUUUACUUUGCAUAUAUGCUACUGUCCCCUAGCAAAGGAUUAUGAGCACAGUGCAGGCAAAGACAGACACUUUUAAUUCCCACUGUGAUUGUUCCACAGUGCUUAAAUGCCUUCCAUUUAAAUUUAUGAGAAUUAAUUUGCCCCCAGGCAAAUUAGACACUACUUGUUGCUUUUUAAAAUGUUUCUGUCUAUCUCUAUCCACAAAAUGAACUGUGUCCUGCUCUCUGAUAUUGUACCACCUUUUGAAAUACAAAGUUGUGACUAUAUAAUUGCAAAGCAGUUUUUCCUUGCAUUAUCUCUUUCCAUGUUUACCUUAAAAGUGUAAAUUAUGCUGUCGUAUAGGAAAGCUGAGGCAGUAAGACUCUUAAUGCCAUGGUUUGGCACUAAUGUGCACAAACAGAACUGUGUAAAACUGAGUCUCAGCCUUGUGUUCUCCAUCCUUCCUCUGAGGAUUCUUAAGUGACUUCCUCUUAGAUCCAAAAGCAAUGAAUAUAUUUUGCUCAAAUCAUAGUUUGCUCUUAAACUAGGAUCAAACUGUGGUUUGGGAUCUUGGUUUAAGAGCAAACUGUCAUUGGAGCAAACCAUAGUACACUGCACUUGGACACAAUGGGAAACUAUGGUUUGUUGACAAACAGGAAAUCAACUUUAAAAUCCUUAGCACACGAGGGAGGAUAGCUCAAGCUUGAUUCUUGACUCUCCUUAGCUCUGCCCAUCUAUCUAUAGCCAAACUAUGGUUUGGUAUUUCAUCUGAAUGCAAUCACUGUAAUGUGAAGAGUAGAAGAAAUUAGCGGGUGCAACUCUAUCACACCUUAAGUUGUAUAAUAAUUAUUUAUGAAAUUUGUACAGCUUUUUUAAAAAGUUGCAUAAAUAAUAAGAGUUAAAACAAGGCAUAGGUGAAUGUGAAGCACUUUUGGAAAAAAGGCUUUUCAAAAGAAUAUUUGUGUACAGAGUUCUUGAUUUCUUUUAACUCUCAGCGAUGCAGAACAUUUUUGUAGUGUUCUUUGACUUGAGAAAACAUUUUGAAAAGGCUUGAUUUUCCCCUUUGGUGUGGUUUAACAUGUAUCUAAACUCAUUCAAAUAUGAAAAUAUUAUUAUUGUCUUUGUAAACUACAGAGACGUUUCUAAGACUUUCCUAAACCAGCUGUUCUUUGCUCUUUAUUGCAUUCCCCAAAGCAAAGCAGAAUAGAUCAGAGUUGCCAAGACUGCCUGCUGAGCAGCGAUAACAGAUUAGAUUAAAUGUUUGGCUCAUACUGGAGGCCACUAAGAAGAAUUUAUUUAUCUUUUUAUUUAUUUUUAAUACUAUUUAAAUAAAAAUAAUAAUUAUCACAUAUGAGAAGCACAUCCUGCUAAACUUUAACAUUGUGUGUGUGUGUGUGUGUGUGUGUGUGUGUGUACAAAAGUCAUUGUUUUUGAGGAAAAUUUUCUUUCACGCUAUGAAAAGAAUAAGAUGCUAAAUGCUAAAGGAAGUGGAGAGAGAGCGAUCUGAGCUGCACAGGAGCUGGAGUCGAAAGAGCCUCACUCCCUAGAUCAACAUAUGUGGUGACGAAUGACAAAUUUAUUUUCCUACAGAGCUUGUGUAUAUGUAAAACUGCUGAAGUGCAUCAAGAUGUCAAGUGCUUUUUGUGACCACCCAGGUUGCCUUGAAAGAUAACCAGAUGAAAACAUAACUUUUAAGCACUGGGCUUUGGAGGAAAUGGCUUACAUGCUGUAGCAUCAGCUAGAGUAGGAUUUUUCCUACAUCAAUCAGAUGCUAAUAAUCAUUAUAAAGACUUGUUCUGAAAGUGGGCCACAAGGACAAUAAAUAAAUAAAUAAAUACACCCAUGUCCAACCAAGUAAACUGAUUUGUUUGGCAGAGUGAUCAUUCAAUGGUUCCUGAAAGUGGUGUGUUGAAGUUUGGUUUCUGUUUCUGGGACAAAUAACUGAUGGCUCAAUUCUAUAGUUCUGUGAUAUUAAAACCAAGGAGAGGAGCAAUUUUUAACAGAAAACACAUAUAGAUUUCAGUUUAUUUGAUCUUUGCAUCCCUUUCUAAGAUCUGUAACAAUUGCCAGAGGAGUAGUCUUCUUCAACAAAGACAACAAGAGUAACAAAUUGAUUAUGGCAUAAACUUCCAUUGCCUUAAGGCAGCAAACCUUGUCUACUCACAAGUAAGUCCUAUUGAAUUCCUGGGGCUUUUUACCAUGUAAGGUUAGGAUUGCAACCUAAAAUCUCUAGUGAGCAAAAGCUUAGGCCUGUUCACCUUUAAGCUGUCAUGGGACUCUUUGGUGUUGCUUCCUAACAGCUGAAUCCAUAAGAAAUAUGUAUAAAGAAUUUUUUUAGUACCUGGCUUUAUUCAGCUGACAUUUAUUGCUUUCCUGAGAAUGGGAAACAAAAGGAAAUUCUACAACAGCCUGUUAUAUCUCAAAAUGGAAAUGUAGCUGUGUUGGCCCAUGAGAAGAGGAAAAUCCAAACUUCAUAAUUGGGCAACAGGACCAACCAAAAUGUCACAAAAUCAUGGCAGGCUUUGAGAAUAACUUAGAAACAUUAACCAGGAAUAAAUAGGCUUAUAAAGGACAUUGAAUUAGAGUGCAAAGGAUCAAAGCACCCCACAACUGAUUCUACCAGUCACAAACAAAUAUUUGUCAUAAAAAUGCAUUAUCACCAGAAAAGGUAAAAAAAAAAAAGUCCUUUGAACUCAGGUUCAGAUUCAAUUUUCAGUGGAAAAUUACUUGGAAGAGGGGUUGGAAUGCCAUUUUAAUUUUGUAUAUUUGUUUUUGCUACCGAUAAAGUUAUGUUAACAUUCCCAUUUUAAAAUGUAGGCAUUUUUUUAAAAACUGGGUGAAUCAAGGGAAUAUAGCUUGUUCUUUUAUUCCCUAUACCCGCAGGUGCCCCCUCUUCCCUACAUGUUCCAAAUGCAUAAGCAAUACACAUUUAAACCCUUCUUUUCUAGUUGAGCUAGAAAAUAUGGAUAAAAAUAAAAAUUGUUGACAAGCACUUAUGGGAAUGCAUCACUGUCCAGUGGCAGUAGAAAAGUUAAGAACCCAGUGAGAGGAGAUGGAGUUCAUCACAGUUCAAUUAUAAGCUUACCUUAGUACUGCAGAGUACCAGUUGCAUUCUGCAAGUGAAGAUACAAUCCUGAAUGCCUUUGGAAACUCUGAGUGGUGCAUAACUAAGUACUUUUUCCUAGUAUUUCUGUUUGCACAAUGAACUUCCUUUCCACUCCUUUCCCCAUGUGCCCCUGUGCCCUCCCCAGAUCUGCUCUAGAGGGUUAUGGGUAAACCCAUAGCAGAUUUAGGGAGCAUACUGGGAGAGGAGAGGGAGCAAAAGUUCAACUGCAUUGUCCAAAGUCCUUACACUAGCGGACACACUUCAUUGGAUGCCACCCUCUGUCAAUUUCAUUUCAAGACUGGUUUUAGUGUAUAUAAAUCCUCAUGUUUCCUCAGAGCUGUGGCUUCGAUUGCUGUCUAUUAUCAUGUUUGUUUUUCUUAUGAAGAAGAGUAGAUGUUGUAUUGUGCCUCUGGGAUAAGAGGCAUAAACAUGGCCACCUUCCAGACAGGGUGCCCUGGACUUUGUCUGCAUCACAUUUUCAUGGUUCUAUCUGUGAUGAAGUAACUCAAAUAUUUGCAUAUCCAUAUCAGUGAGUGAAGCCUAAGCAUCCUUAUCUAUCAAGCACUAGGGGACUUUAGUGCUGGAAGUGGUGUCUUGGUGAAGUCUCUAGCCAUUACUGGAUGAACUCCCUUAAUGUAACAGUGGAACAGGGUACUAGGAAGAGCCUUAGUCUGUGCUUGGCUGAUCUGUUUUGUGACACUAGAGGGAUUGUGAGCAGAAAGAGUAGGAGAAGCAGAAAUCUAAGAAUGAGGGAGUCAAGAUCUUGAAAAGGCAGUAGGCUUUGCUUUUUCAUUAUUGUAUUUUUAUGCCAACUUUCCUCCAAGAGGCUCAAGGUGGCAUACAUAGUUCCCAGCUCCAUUUUUAUCUCACAACAACCCUAUGAAGGGAAGUUAGGCUAUGAAAUAUUGACUGGCCCAAAGUCACCCCAGGGGAUUUGAACUCUGGUUUUGCCCAGGUCCUAGUCUAACACUCUAAUCACUGUGCCAUACUGGCUAAGGUGCUUUGUGACUUCCUGUGACACUGGAUGGACCCUGAGAUUGACAAGGGGAAUCAAUAGAAACAGGUGGAUAAGCAGGAUGUGGGCAAUUUACCUCAAUUUCUGUCUGUGAGGUCACAUCCACACCAUAUAUGCAAAGCACAUGGCUUCCCACAAAGAAUCCUGGGAACUGUAGUUUCAGAACUACAAUUCCCAGCACCAUUAACAAAGUACAGUUGCAAGGAUUCAUGAGGGAAAGCCAUGUAUUUUAUAUGUAUGGGGAGGACGUGACCUGCUGCUGAAGAGGGAUCACCUCAAACACAGAAUUCAUUGGCCAUAUAGAUACAGUUCAGAAGUAUAUGUUCAUAAUGAAAGGGAGAUGAAGAGAGGAGAACAAUAAGGGGCAAACAAUUUCCACAUAGGUAGAUGGAAAUAUGAGUUCUGCAGGGGGAUUGAGCUUGGUAUUAUUGGGUAAAAUGAAAAUUCAUCUGGAUUAGAUUCCUAGGAAUGGCAAAUGAGAAACCAUAGAUGGGCCGAAAAGCUGAAACAUAAUGCAUCCAUAUAAAGUUAUCAUUCAGCAAACUGGGUAGAAGUAUAACUCCAUCUCAGUCAGUCAGUUGUAUUAUGAGACCACACUGACUGUGCCUUAUUGUUGUUUUGAUAUUGGAUAUCCUGCCAUUAAUUGUUUCUGUAAAUUAUGUUUGUAAAUACAUUAGCACUGUGGUGUGGUUUAUUCAAUGUUGAUGCUAAUUCUGAGUUUUUGGCAUGUCUUCUAAUCAGAUUCUUUCUUGAUCUAUUUAUUCAUGAGAUGGUGUUUCACUGCAAAUAUGCAGUCACCAAUCAAGAAAAAUAAACUUGUAACAAAUGUUUGACACAAACCCAUGCAUAUUAAAUGCUUUCAGCUAAAUGUUUAGCAGGUUAUUUUUUUUAAAAAAAAUACAUUUUACCCACUUUACUACCAAAGUUUUUAGGGUGGCAUACUUGCCCUCUCUUUUAUCCUCAAAAUAAAGUGAGGUAAAUUAGGCUGCAAGCCUAACCAUACCUACUUGGGAGUAAGCCCCACUGAAUUCAGUAGGAUUUGCUUCUUUUACAGGCAUGGUUAGGAUUGCACUGUUAGGCUAUGAGAUAGUGACUAGACCAGAGUCCGUAAUUUUUGUGGCUGCCCAGGUGCUCUGCUUCUCUGUUAUCUACUGGUGGAGUGUUUUGGAAUUUAAAGGUGGAGCUAGUGGAGAAAUGGCAAGUGUUCACAAGAGAGUGUUAUUUCAUAGAGCAAUAGUUAGGGAUUUUAGUAACUGCUGUAAAUGGCUCUAUUGUCUUCAUUGGUGUUAUCUAAGUGGCUUUAAGAAUUGCUAAGGCAUUCAUAUGCCAUGACAUUUUACUGUAUCAUAAAUUCUCUUGCUGUUUGCCCUUGGUUUUUACACUGAUGGGCCUUUUUCAACAAUCAUUUGUAAAAUAGGUAGCAGAAUGAAAAUACAAAUGAAAAUCAAUAUUACAUUCUUUUUUAAAAAAAACCACAAUAACGGUAUAUAAGAUGUUUGCAUGCAAUAAUAUUUUAAAGUUUCUGUUGGUAGAUUCUUUGAUCGGUCUAAUUCCUAAAAUGGAAACAUUGGAUUAUUGAUACUCAGAGUUGAGCCAUUGUAAUUAAUAGACAUGACUACCAUUAAUUUCAGUAGGACUACUCUGAGUAGGACUAGCUUUAAAUACAAUUCAUUAAUUUAUCUGUUAAUUUCUCAAGUAUUUGAGAUCAUUCAUUGUACUGCUGAACUGUCUGAUAAUAAGCCACAAGAAGAUUUGUUUGUUUUUAUUUGUCCAUAUUAAAGAGAGUCUUUUGCAAGAUGAGAGGCAUUUUUAAAAAAUUCUCCUUUUUAGUCUAUACAAAGGCUAUUUGUAUAUUUAUGAACAAAAUAUCAAUAUUCAUUAAUAAGCUAAACAUUUUUUCCUUCACUUUUAAAGGUUUCCUCCAAACUACAGCGGAUGAUUUUUGCUUCUAUUAUACAAGAAAAGAUGGUGGCUUGUGCUUUCCAGAUUUUCCAAGAAAACAAGUUCGAGGACCAGCUUCUAACUAUUUGGACCAGAUGGACGAAUAUGGCAGAGUAGAAGAUAUCAGCAGGUUCAUAAAGAUAAAUACUGCUUAAUCUAAAAAAUCUGACAAAUCUUUGUAGUUGACAUUGAGUUGAGUCAGUCUUUGCUUAUGCUUCCCAGCUGUGUCAUCCAGAUGUUGCCUUCUCUUGCUGUUGUUAGCAGUCCAUUCUUUAGAAUGUAUUGAAUUCUUGUGUAAUACGUACUUUACUAAUGAUUCAUUGACUUCAUUCUGGAUCAAAUACAUUGCAGAUGUGUUAUCUGAAAUGUUAUCUAAAUUUAAUUGUUGGUAAUUUGAUUUUCCCCUCUGAUUUCUUAUCAGUUAACCACUCCUGGUUGUUGUUUUGCCCCUCUUCUACAUUAUCCACUUAUGACCCAAAAUGGAUUUCCAUCAUUUAAGUUUAGUGCAGCAAAUAUUCCCCCACAGGCUGAAGGGUUCUUAUGUGUUCAGUAUUUAGUACUCAUCCCAGGGUAAUGAGAAAUUUAACCUGUGUUUUGAACACAGAGAGAUUAGGGUCAGCAUGAGUUUGGAGUUGAAAGGACAGUCUCAUUUUUCAUAAAUUUGCUUCAGUCUCUCUCUUCUUUUCUCCAAGUUCAGUUUUAAUUCUAACAUCUAUACUACCCCAUGAUGGUCAAUUGACCCCUUGGGUUAAUACUUCGUGCUUUUUUUUAAAAAAAAAAGGUUAAAAUCCAGAUAAAAGUAUAUUUGCCCCUAAUUCCUCCAAUUCUGGAAAAAAAAUCUGUAAAUAGUAUUUAUGCAGGUGUGUAUUAUAUUAUCCUGUAAUAUAUAGUGUAUUAUAUAAUGCAUACAAUUUAAUAAUAAUAUGUUAUGUAUUAUACAUUCUGUUGUAUAUAUUAUCUCUACAAGCUAUUGGGCUUUGUUCUGUUUAUAAUUACUGUUAAUUGUAACAAUUCCAAAAGUUAGUCUUAGUCCUUUUUCAAAUAGUGUGCUGUUUUUAAUUUAAUUUUGAAUAUGUUGGCAUUUAGAAAUUAAGCACAUGUUGCAUUUAAGUAAGAUUAUGGGUCAGUUAUGCAUCUGUCCAUUACUUUUCACUUACCAUUGUGUGCACCACAAUCCUAUGUGUGCGAACACAGAAGCAGAGCACAACAAAUACAAAUAAGCCACACAUUCAACAGGUGGCAGUUCCCCUCCUCAAUUCUAGUUAAUUUAGGCCAAAAUCUCCAACCCAAAGCUCUAAAUGCUCCCUCCCUACCUCUCUAUUCAACCCCCCCCCACUUGUAGCUGUCCUCUACCUCCUUCCUUCACCUGGCGUGAUGUCACCUCCCUGUAGGUAGUAUCUGUGUCCAAAUAGUUGAGAGAGAUUCUCAGAUAUCAGGAGACCUUAGUCCUGUUGUUAGCUCCCAUAGCAGUCCUGGACUAUUGGUGAGCAAUUUGGCUUACAAGGGACUGGGCAGCCAGCAGCUGAGGCAUGUUGUCACAUCUCCCUCAGUCACUUCCUGUCAGAUUGAAAGCUACCUCACCUUCAGAUUGAAAUAGGUGAUACCAAACAUUUCCUUUGCUUGCCUUGCUGAAUACAGCUGACCUUGUGAAUAGUAGGAGCAAGACAUUGCCUGUUGUAGCACAUGUUCUGAUUUCUUGCAAAUUGCUUUUCUUGCAGGAAAUUUUAAAUAGGGAGGCAGUAAUCUAUAGGUAUAACAAAAAUGGUGUUUUAUUACUUUUUUUAAGGAAGCAUAAACACAACUGCUUUUGCAUCCAUGAGGUUGCAAGUGGCCUGAGGCAGCCUGUUGGAGCAACACAUUGUGGAGAUGGAUCACAGCGCCUGUUCAUCCUGGAGAAAGAGGGAUAUGUAAAGAUUUUCACACCUGAAGGGGAUUUAAUCAAGGAGCCAUUUCUGGACAUACACAAGCUUGUUCAAAGUGGAAUAAAGGUUAGAAUUCUUUUUAUUUACCAUUGCCUGCCUAUUUGCUUUUUUAUAUACUCACUACAUUUUCUGCAGCUUCAACUUUUGCCACCUUUGAUUUUAAAAGAUAAAACAGUAUGCAAAUAUUUUAAAAGGAGAGUGCCAGCUAAUUGAUCUCAUAAUAAAACACCUCUCCUCUUUCUCUUCAUAGUUCCAACCCAAUGAACAUUCAUUAUGCUUAAGAUUCAUUCAUUUAGACUUAUACUGGCCAGCUAAUUCAAUAGGCUCAACAGCAAUUUAGUUACAGUAGUAGGGCAUAUGCUUUGUAUGUGUAUGGUUCUGAGUUCAGUCUUCAGCACUGCCAGUUAGUAAAGGAGCUCAUGGGGCAGGGUUGGAGAAAUCCCUGUCCCUGAAUGCUUAGAAGGCUGCCACCAGCCAGAGGAAAAGGCAUGAUUUAGUAUAAGGCUUCAUAUAGUAAAAUGCUCAGCUCCAUUGACACCUAUAACUUAAACCUUUCUAUUUAAAUAUUUGUUCUUUAUCACAUAAUUGUGUGCAUAAUAUUAUGACUACAGUGAAAUAAUUUGAAUCCAGGUCACAAAUUAUUCCACUCAAGAAUGUGGUUCUUUAUAGUUCAUUUCUGUGGAAACAGUUUUGAUCCUUUAGCUAUUUGUUUCUUGACACCUAAUGUGGCUAGCCAUUCUCGUUGUUGAAUACAGAAGGGGGAGCUCUCACUGCAUCAGCUACUUGAGAGGAUGGCUCUUCCUUGGCCUUUUCGGUGCAUGAUAAGAUGCAACUAUGCUCUGUUCUCCUUCUUCUUGAAUUGAUUGGAUUUUAAGUAACUUGCAAGCUUUUCAACCUCCUGAAAUGUGUUUUGCUCCUAAAUGCAGCAAGUUAAAAUAAAAAGUAUUGCAUCAUUGAACACCAGAAGCUGUUCUCCUUUUUGUUUUGCUCAUCUGAGGUGCAAGUUUCCCUUAUUUUAUUACUGCUUUAUACACAAAAUGUCAUUUAAGUUUUGUAGUGAGAAUUGGUAUAGAAAAUUACAUUACUGAAGAGGAAUCUGUUCUCAUCUUCUGUGAUUAUCUAGCUAUGUACAAUUCAAAUCUUGUAGCAAUGCAUACUACAUAUGACCUAAUGAGAAUGUCUCUUUUCUAUUAAAAAAAAUCCAGUUGGUCUGUCUUUCUGGGCAGUGAGGGAUAUUGACAUAUUUCAAAGCUGGUAUUAAUCUGUCCCAUUUUCCAUAUGUAUUAACUUGCCUCAUAAGAAACAACCAAAGUGACUAACAUAAAAAAAUAACAACAAUAAAAUCAUAAAACUUUUUUAAAAAACACACAAGGGCAGAAACACACAUAAUAUAUCAAAAUCAUUUCAGGUUGCAAUCCUAUGGACACUUAACUUGGAAGUAUGUUUCAUUAUUUCUGAGUAGACACACAUAGGAUGGUGCUGUUGAACUGUUGUCACUAGACCUAACAGGUGAGAAUUGAGCAUGUUCUUGACGUUGGCACUUACAAUGAAUGAAAAUUACAUGCUGAUUACAAUUUCAACUAUAACAUUCAUGGGAAAUACAUAUGCUGCAACUCUAUAACACUUACUUAGGAGUUAAGUCUUAUUGAACUCAUACUUUUGAGUGAAUACCGGUAAGAAUUACUCUGCAAUUCAAAAACAUGUAUGCAUAUUUUCCUUGUAUCCUUUAAAGUACUUCCCAUGGUCUGAUUGUCCACCUUUUUUCCAAAGAAGUUUGGGAGUUUGGUGUGAAAAACUACUUUAGGGAGAAAUGACUUUUUGUCUACCAUGUGCCUGCUUUUUCAUUUCAGUAAUUUUCACACCAAUUCCAAAAAAAUAAAUAAAAAUCAUGGCAGUUCAUAGAGUUUAGGGAUUUGGUGAGCAAAGUUAUUUCAAGAAAAUUUAUUGAAAUGGGUGUGCAGAUACCAUGCAUGUGGGAACUUCUGGAAAAUGCUCUCAAUGUAUUUUAGUCUGCAAGAGUGGGGGAACCUGUGGUCCUCCAGGUGUUAUUGGACUUCAUUUUCCAUCAGCACUAACCAGCAUGGCCAAGUGGUCAAGCAUGAUGGAAUUUGGAGUCCAACAACAUCUGGAGGGCUACAGGUUCUCCAUCCGUAUGGCACACACCUGCUUAGGAGCCAGCAUCAUUGACCUCAGUGGGACUUACUUCUGAGUAGACAUGUAUAGGACUGUGCUAAUUGUCCAUUAGGAAAUUGAUUGACCCAUAAUACCGAAGUGUCCACAGAAUAAAUUUCAAGUGUGCACCUCUGUGGGAAGAUCUAUAUUAUAAAGACAGAUAUUCAUUGACCUGUUGCAUGUCUUAUUCUGUUAGUGUGAAGGUAUAGCAAACCUAGAUUAAUCAGAGAAUGCUUCCACAGCACUACUAUUGUGGAAAAAGAACUGUCAACAGACAAAAUUGACUAAGAAAGGUUUUACUAGUUUCAGUGGAUAAGAACUGAGAAGUCUGAUGAAAAACCUUGUACUUUUUAAUUCACAUUUUCAUAUUUCUGUUAUUAAAGCUGGUAUUUUAUUAUUUUGUAUUCCAUCAACACCACUAAUUUCAAAGCAACAGCAAUAACAUAUUUUUAAAGCAUGACACAUUGUCUGAAUAACACAGUUUUCAGUAAAUGUCUAAAUGAUUUCUAAGAGUUUAACAUUCUAUGGUCUUUUAAACGUGUUUGUGGGAAGGGGGUUAUUGGUUUCCUUGUGUUUUAUUACAUAUUUUGUGUUCUCAUUUUGUAUUUUUAUGUUGUGAACUGCCCUGUGAUCUUUGGACGGGGGGCGGUAUGCAAAUUUAAUUAAUUAUAAUAAUACAGUAAUAACAAUUUACUGUUUUGGUAACUUAAUUAUAUGAGGGUAUAGAGUCAUAAUAUAGUCCUUUUGCAGGUCUUAUAAGACAGUAUUUGCCAACCUGGUGCCUUCCAGCUGUUCGGUCUACAAUUCUCAUCAGCCCCAGCCAGCACGGCUAUGGGAGUUGCAAUCCAAAACAUCUGGAGGGCACCAGGUUGGCAAAGGCUGCUAUAAGACAAACUUCCCCUGUUUUUCUUUUAGACAGCUUGAGCAGCAGACUAUGGAACAAAACAUGUCCCUUUGAAACUUACAAAGCUAUUGUAUCAAAGUUCUAUUGUAUUGAGAUCAACCGUUUAAGUAAUGAUAGUAGUGUUUUAAUAAUAAAUCUAAUGAAAACAACAUGAUAAAAGCACAAAGCCUCUGAAGAGAAUGAAAGAACCCCCGUGAAAGAGAAAACAUAUGUCAGGGAAAUGAUACUGAAGAUAGGCUCUUAAGAAUAUAUGAGCUAGACUCCUUGACCUCAGCCACCUUCUGCUCCCCUCCAGGCUAUGAACUGUUUUUGCUUGUCACAAUGGCUUAAAUUUUAAUAGAAAGUUUCCCUAAAUCUCGAACCACAUCUGCUUCUUUGUUUCUUUCUGCAGCCAAAUCCCUCAGUGAGGCCAACUAUACAUACUUCAGUGUUUCCAUAUAUAUAUUUUGUUGCGGGGUGGAGGGAGUAAAAUAUUCUUAUAUAAUUCCUUUAGGAAAAAUUUCGAAAGUUUACAGUUUGCCACAAUCACAGUGUAUUACAGAUAAACGUAAAGGUAUUUCAGCUAUGCAUAUUGAGUUCUUAAGUCGAUUGUCUGCCAACCGAUUUUUUCACAAGCGCUGGCAUUUGCGCAUGCGCUCCUUUCCAAAGCAACAAACUUCAAACAGUUUCUGUUCAUUACUGAGGCUUUCAUAGAUUCUAUGGAGUUUCUACAAAGAAAAUAAAGGGAUAAAUAAGGUGCAUUUCACACUUUAUGCAGCAGUUUCCCCUCUAUCUCUGGCAUUGAACAUUACAGUGGAACCUCGGGUUACAUACGCUUCAGGUUACAGACUCCGCUAACCCAGAAAUAGUACCUUGGAUUAAGAACUUUGCUUCAGGGUGAGAACAGAAAUCGUGCUCCGGCAGCGCGGUGGCAGCAGGAGGCCCAAUUAGCUAAAGUGGUGCUUCAGGUUAAGAACAGUUUCAGGUUAAGAAUGGACCUCCAGAACGAAUUAAGUACUUAACCCGAGGUACCACUGUACAACAUUUGUGAGAGCAUCAACAUAUUUGUCUAUAGACAUACUUGUGCACUGGCUGUGAAAUGGGGCAGCAUCUCAAGCUGAUUUCUUUUCUUGUGCAGGGACGCCACUGUUUAAUAUACCAAAAUUGUCACUAUAGAGAUGAUUUCUAUGUGAAGGGGUUCAGAAACCCCUCUUUCUACACAGGGUGACCAGCCCUCCAGAGGUUGCUGAACUACAACUCUCAUACAACAGCUGCAUUGGCUGCCAGUUUGUUUUCAGGUCCAAUUCUAAGCAAUCAUGCUAGUGUUUAAAGUCCUAAAUGAUUUAGACCCCAAAUAUCUGAAAUACCAUCUUCUUCCCUCCGGGCCCUCUUGGCAUUUCCACCUCCCUCAGAGGUUCAUUGGGGUGGCCCAGGAGAGAGUAUUCUCCACGGCCAGCCCUAAGUAUUAUGUCUGACUUCUUCACUAUACAGCUUUCAAUAAAUGCUGAAGACACACAUCCUCAUUUUUAUUUUUAUUUUAUUUAUUUCACAAAAUAUAUGUGCCUCUUGAUUGUAAAGAAACAACAACCUGGCCUUUGACACCUGGAAUGUGUCAGGGCCCCACACUGUUACCAUGACUGCACUCUGUUCUAUUUUUAAUUACGAAUUUUAAACUGUUGUAACCCACCCUGGGACCUGCUGGUGAAGGGUGGGUAAUAAAUUUAAAAAUGAUGAUGAUGAUGAUGAUAACCCCUGGUCAUUGGCCGUCCUUACUGGGGCUGAUGGGAGUUGAAGUUCAUCAACCUGAGGGCCACAGGUUCUCCAUUCCUGUUCUGCAAGAUCUGGCUUUCCUUAACUUGCUCUUGCGGCUGCUUCUGCUGUUUAUUUCUAGUAUACCAAAUGCAGAGGGAGCUAAGAACCUUUUGCCUUUGUAGAAUCUGAAGGGAUAUGUGCUCAGGUCAGACACGGGUGAACCGAGCUGUUCCUACAUUUUUACUGUACUUCUCUCUGCCUCACAAGAAGAUCUAGACACCAACACUUUCUAUAUUAUGAUUUACAUCACAAGAGUGUCUUGGCAAGAGAACCCUUGCCUGAACAGCCUUGUAGCCACAAUCUUGCACGAAGUUAUGCAAGCUUAAACCACUGAAAGCGACACAAGUGGGUUGAAUGGCGGCCCUAUAAAUGGAAAAUACUUGCCCUAAAUUCUGAUCAUAAAUGCUUUUAUUUGGGGACCCCAAUAUGUAGGUCAGGGAACCUGGAUUCCAUGCAGGAUGCUAGGAGGGAAAAUCAGGGGGGAAGGGAGUAGCAGAGAGAGAAAGUGAAAAGAUGGCGACUGAAAGAAAACAAAACUGCAGUGCCCCUGCCCACCAUUGUCUUUGGCCCCUGCUCACCACUUGCAUGCAGUCUCUGACUAAUUACUCCUGAGAGAAUGUGGCCCUGAAUAGAAAAAACAUGUUCCCCUUACAUUCAAAUAUUCAAGCAAACAGGCAGAGUUACAGCAGAGCGGAUACCAAUCCUUUUGGCCCCCACUGAAGGUCAGAGAUAGGAUGAGAGUCUUCUAUCCAACACUGCAUUGGAGUGGAAAACAUUUUUUUAUCCUCUCCCUUUCAGAACUGUGAUGAGGAGCAGAACAAAGUGUUUUGAAUGUUCUCUUUUCUUUCAUAUGAACCAUAUCUCCCACUGGUGUGGCACCACUGUUACUAGAUCUUAAAAGAGAAGGAAAUGGAUCGUGCUGAUAGUUUGGUAAAGAAGGGUGUGUUGUUGACAUUUUGUGAGGAUUAAAUACAACUUGGUGUUUUCUGAACAAGGAUGUAGGAAGGCAGUGAUUUCCCAACCUGUGUUCUUCACAAUCAAUGCCGUUUCCAUUCCACUGUAGUUUAAAGGUAAAGGUAAAGGUACCCCUGCCCGUACGGGCCAGUCGUGACCGACUCUGGGGUUGCGUGCUCAUCUCGCUUAAGAGGCUGGGAGUCAGCGCUGUCCGAAGACACUUCCGGGUCAUGUGGCCAGCGUGACAAAGCUGCUCUGGCGAGCCAGCACCAGCGCAGCGCACGGAAACGCCGUUACCUUCCCGCUAUAAAGCGGUACCUAUUUAUCUACUUGCACUCAGGGGUGCUUUCGAACUGCUAGGUGGGCAGGAGCUGGGACCGAACGACGGGAGCUCACCCCGCCGUGGGGAUUCGAACCGCCGACCAUACGAUCGGCAAGUCCUAGGCACUGAGGUUUUACCCACAGCGCCACCCGCGUCACUGUAGUUUAGUUUCUGCCAAGUACUAUGCCAUUCUCCUCCCUGCUAUUUAAUGUAAGUUAUGCAACUUACAUAAACUAUGUAACCAUUUACAUAACUUACAUUCAUCUCAAUGUAAAGGAAAUGUCAAAACAAUGUUUUUAAAAGCCAUGAAUUACACACCAUUUGCAGACUUAUAUAUAUAUAUAUAAAGAGAUGAUGUGAAUGAAUACUGAUCAUUUUUGCUUCACUGAUUUCCAUUCCUGACAACAGAUGAACAUGUGAACUCCAGCAUCCUUCACUUCCUUUUCCAUUUUUGUUGGAAUAAGAUGAAAAAUAUGGAAUGCACCCAAGUGCUAUAGAGACCUGUAGCUCUGAACAAGAUAACUAUUAGCUUUUGCUUGCAGUUGUGGAACACCAAAGUAAUAUUUAGGCAGUCUGUUUUACACUAAAUACAUUAUGGCCUUUGUUGAUUUUGGGCCCAGUGUCCUGGGUUAGAAGAACCUAGAUGAGGAUGAUACUUUAUCAUUUUCCAUGAACAUUUGUAGGUUUAAUGCUCUGUGUUUCCUCAAGAGGAAUCCCAUGGUGUCAAUUAACUGAACUUGUUCCAAAACAAGGCUCUAUUUGGAAAAUAUAGUUUUCAUUGUGGGUGUUCCUUGAAAUUGUAUGCCUUAUACCCUGCUAUUAUGGAGAUGUGUGCAGUAGGGUGAAGACUGCCAGCUUCUUUUCCAUGCAGUGUAUGAAUUAGAGCUGCAUCCCACACACAGUGCUAGAUAAUUUGUGUUUCAAUUUUGCUAUGUGUACAACUCAUUUUAGAGCAUUCAACAAUUUUAAAAAGUGUUUAAAAAGUCUUCUUCUGGCAUGUCAUUUGUUGUAAGCAAAGGAAUAUUCUAUUUAGAAAUUUUCAAAACCAACUAAAUGAGAUGUUAUUUAGAAAAUGUAAUUAAAGAAAGGAGGUUGACUGUGUGUGUGUGUGUGUGUGUGAGAGAGAGAGAGAGAGAGAGAGAGAGAGAGAGAGAGAGAAUAGCCACAUCCUGAGGUCCUUUGUCGAAAGUCAGUACAAGCAAUGGAGGCGCAAAGACAGGAAAGACUAGCCGCAGUUACCUAUGCUCUGGUAACCUCCCAACUGGAUUGCUGUAACAGGCUCUGUGUGGAGUGACCCUUGAAGAUAAUUUGGAAGCUACAACUUGUGCAGAAUGCAGCGGUCAGGAUGCUAACUGGUAUCAGGAGGUGGGCCCCUAUAAUGCUAUUUUCCAGGAACCACACUGGUUCUUGAUCAGCUUCUGAGUCAAAUUUAGGGUGUUGAUGUUAACUUAUAGAUGUAAGGGCCUAAAUGAGGUGAAGGAGCACCUCCUCUGAUAUCAACCUGCCCUGGCCUUAAAAUCUCUAUGAGGGGCUUUCUUGAUGGUCCCACCCACAGUUGAGGUACAGGGAGUGAAUGCAAAGAAAAGAAAAGAAAAGGGCUUUCUCUGUGGCAGCACCCCAUCUCUGGAAUGACUUACUACCAGAGGUACAUUUGGCAUCAGUGCUGAUGCCAUUCCAUAGGCAACUAAAGAUGUGCCUCUCUGUGCAAGCAUUUUGAAGAAGUUUGGGGUUUUUUGUUCAGGAUAUGCUAGCUGUGUAUUAGAUUUUACUGUUUCCAUUCUAGUUUUGAUGAAAGCUUUGAUAUAUAUUGGUUAGGAUCCAGUUUUAGAUCAUGUUUGGUGUUUUAAUUCAUGGUUAGGUUACUGGAGGCUGCCUGGUUGACAUUGACACAUGCCAAGGCCUUCUCAGUGAUGGUUCCCCUUUUGUGGGAAUGCCUCCCCCUCAUCUGUCUCCUUCAUUGUUGACUUUCAGGAGGAAAUUAAAAACAACCCUGUUUACCCAGGAAUUUAAUGGGUAAACUGUUGCUAGCAACCCUAAAAUUAUUGACACAGGGAAUGUGAGGGUUUUUAGAAUAUAACUGUUUGGGGAAUGUUUUAAAUGGUAUUGCUAUUGAUGUGUUUGCUGCCCUGGGCUCCUCUGGUAGGAAGGGCAGGUUAUAAAUUGAAUAAAUAAAUAUUAUUAUAUGUAAUAUGCCUUGGGGCUAUCAGUGAAGAACGGGCUUAUAAUUGAAUAAAUCAAAACAAAACAUCAGGGUCAUGAGGCAUAAAGAUCUCACUAUACCAUUUCCCCAGUGUGUUUUUUUCUUAAAGGAAUAUGCCCUUUUCCACCCCAGGUGAUGUCCUCAGAUAUCAGGACAAAUGAACUUUAUCUAAGGUGGGAGUGGGGGAAAUUGUAGCUCUCCAGAUUUUGCGGAACUAUAUCACUGGAACAUUGGAAGCUGCCUUAUAACAAGUCGGUCCAUUGGUCCAUCUAACUCAGUACUGUCCAUGUUGACUGGCAGUGGCUCUCCAGGGUUUUGAAAGGGGACAUUCCAAGCCUUACCUGAAGGUGCCAGGGUUUGAAUCAUGGACAUUCUGCAAGGUCUACAACUCAGCUGCACCCUUCACUAAUACCCACCAAACAUACCACCAAAGGAUGAUGAUCAACUCCCAUAUCUCUGAGGUUACAUGUGAAGGGGUCAGACACCUAGCUUACUUAGUGUGAUUAAGUUAUACACAGUGUGAUAAGUUAUUACAUUUCCAGCUCCAAUCUUUUCCUCCUAAUUCACAGGCAGAGCUCUAGCAGGAUAUAACAUGAUUUUUGAAAGGCUAAACCUGCUGACAGAUGGUUUACCUUUCUGCUCAUCAUUUCUACCUUAUAUCAUAUGAAUCUGGUCUUAGUUUCCAUAGAAUCUUUUAAAGUGAAGAUCGCGUUCUUCUCCUAUAGUUGAAAUAAAUAAAUAAAUAAAUAAAUAAAUAAAUAAAUAAAUAAAUGCCAAGGAGAAGCUGAAGCUGUUUCGGCAACAGCACAUGUGUAAUUUGCCAGCUAAAACUCACAUUUUUCCUACUUGAAAAUAAAUAAAUUGCCAUUAAAUCAAUAUUGACUAUUAUAUUUAAUUUGGGAAAGUGGGUAUAUGAUCUGUGGGAUCUGGUUGCCCAUUUGUUUUUGAUUUAAAGUAGAAGUUGUUCAGACUGAAAUAAAAUUCAGAAGCUGAAAUGCGGGGGGGUUUUUUAAUGAUCCUAACCAAAAGGCCUCAGUAAGAAUAGAAGGAACACAAUCCACCUUUAAAAUAAUUUCAAUCAGCAGUAAGUUCUGGAAAAAGAGCCAGCAGGGGAUAGUUGCCAAAUUACUCCCACCAAGCCAGCCAAUCAGGAGUUGGUGAAGGAAUCCAGUUAUAUAUUUGUGCUUUCUGUCUGUGUUGCUGUAUGUCUGAUCUCCUGGAUUCAUUUUAUGCCACAGGGGUGGUGUGGUGCCACUGCUAAUAAUGCCAGAGUGGAAAUAUCACACAACCACUAUGUGAUUACAUUGCAGGCCACAGUUCUGUAACCUUGGAAGUGGAACAUACUUACAUGGCAAGUGACCAUAUCAUUGUCUCCUUUCCAGUAGCAGAUGAUGUGGUGGGGUGGAGGUGCCUUCCUGACACCAGAAGGUUGCAGCUUACCUUGAUGGGGACAGGGUGGUGGGUACACUGAAGUAUUAUCAGAAUCGCUGUGUUGCCUUCACAAGUGCAGCCAUGCAGCCCUAUUUUCAUCAUCACUCUGCCCCAUCCUGAAAGCUGCACAAAUGCAGCUUUGGGGAGCACUGUUGGAGAGUCACAGUGCCUGCUGUGGCUGUAGAGACCAAUACGGGUGAGACAUGUUUUAUUGCAGCUGGGGUAGAUGAAGGCAUCUGGUUUCGCAACUAUAGGUGCACCAUGGAGUUUCUUCUCUGUGUGCUCCUCCCAGUGGUCAUUGCUCCUCUGUUCAUUGCUCCUCUGGUCACUACUGUGGAUAUACGACCUGACUGUCUGUCUCCAGGCACUGCACUUGUUUGCAAGGGAUUCCCAUAUGGUGGGGUUAAUAUUGCCAGCCUUCAUGUCAUGUUUGCAGACAACUUUGUAACUUAGAAUUGGUCUGCCACAGGCCGAGUGCCUGAAGCCUGCUCCUUGUAGAGCGCAUCCUUGAGGAUCUUGUCAUCUUCCAUUCUAUGUAUGUGUUAUUCAAACCAUAUUUUGACAUAUGAUUAAGUGUGCCAAGCUUCUCUGUGUUAUGCAGCACACAAUGCACAAAUGACAAUCAGAAAACUAAGUAUAUCUGUGCCACAGACCUCUUACAAGGUGUAAACAUGUUGUCAGUUGAAUCCUUGAGAGCCAGUGUGGUGUAGUGGUUAAGAGCGGUAGUCUCGUUAUCUGGGGAACCGGGUUUGCGUCUCUGCUCCUCCACAUGCAGCUGCUGGGUGACCUUGGGCUAGUCACACUUCUUUGAAGUUUCUCAGCCUCACUCACCUCACAGAGUGUUUGUUGUGGGGGAGGAAGGGAAAGGAGAAUGUUAGCCGCUUUGAGAUAGUGAUAAAGCGGGAUAACAAAUUCAAACUCUUCUUCUUCUUCUUCCUUAUGAUAGAAAUUUCUACUGAACUUCUGCUUGAAUUUUGUUCAAUAUUAUGGACUUCAUUUCCAUAACCUGUGGUGUGAACUAGGCAUGACAAUGAAUGUGGGAUCCCUGCCCCAAAAGGCAAGUCAGGCUUCCCCUCUUAUGACAAGGAUCGUAUUGUGAGAAACAUUUCUCCGGCAUCCUACCCACAACCCUAGCAUCAGCCAGUGAUGUGAACUGAAGAGAGACACAUGGUUUGAUUAUGUUACCAUAGUAUGGAAGUAUCCCAAGAUUGGGUAUCCCAGGGUUGAAUAACUCUGCUUUAUUGUACUGAUAUUCUCAACAGGAAGCAAGAACCAGGGCUCUUCCUGAGAUAAAAGCAGCAGUUCUUAAAGCAAAGGGGGAGACCUUGACGUAAAAGGAAGAAAGGCAAGGGCAUGUUAGCUUUUCAAGAGGUAUCUGGGAGCCACUGCAGGAGACAGAAUGCUGGACUUGAUAUGCCUUUGGCCUAAUCCAGAGCUGCUUGUCAAGUUUUUUGUUAUGUUUAUGAGGAGCUGGCCUACACGAUGUGACAAGGUUAUAAAAUAAUAUACAGUGGUACCUCAGGUUAAGUACUUAAUUCGUUCUGGAGGUCUGUACUUAACCUGAAACUGUUCUUAACCUGAAGCACCACUUUAGCUAAUGGGGCCUCCUGCUGCUGCCGCGCUGCCGGAGCACAAUUUCUGUUCUCAUCCUGAAGCAAAGUUCUUAACCUGAAGCAAUAUUUCUGGGUUAGCGGAGUCUGUAACCUGAAGCGUAUGUAACCUGAAGCGUAUGUAACCCGAGGUACCACUGUAUAAAGUAGAUAAAUUCAGAAAAAGAGCACUAUACUUCUGUGGGUGUUUUUCUUCUUCAAGUGAAGCACCAACAUUCAGUGAUCGAAUUACUUCAGAUAUUUCAUAGUUUUAGCAUCAGGGAGGUCUGUUAUGACAACACAGAGAUUUAUCUAAUCUAGGAAGAUCAGGUCCCUGAAUUUACUUUCUUAGGUAUUUAUAAUGUGCUAGCCAUCAUAGUGCUAAGCACAGAUGUGUUUGCUUUUCCUUGUAUGGGCCUUUGUACUUGAUAUAAUCAUAGGGAAAUGUUUCUUCUUGAUGUACAUGUUGUGCACUUUGGUGGGCUUUCAGCUGGCAUGUUUUCAGCUAUGCCCCACAAAAGUCACAAUGGUGACGGUAUGCUUUAUGCUUCAACCGUCUGAAGCAAUCAGCAAUUGUUCUAAGCAAUUCCCAAGUCCUGACAAAACGAGGUUACAGCUAGUAUACGUCCAUUGACAUAUAUAUUGUGCAAGAGAUACAAGAGGCACUGAAGUCAACAAUAAUAUCAAAAUAUAUGCAGUUUUCAUGGCAAAUCUGGAAAAAAGUGGAGGAGAACCUAGGAAAGGGAUGAAGACCAAACCAUGGUCAUACUAAAGGUGGUCCAGAUGGCCUAUCAUACCCCAGUGUGUGUCACACAGGAAUUACAGUAUGUCAGGCAUUUAUUCCGUGUAGUUGUAAUUACUUGGAGGAGCAGAAUGAGGUUGUUCCACCAUUAUGCCUUUCACAUCCCUUUCCUCCCCCUUCCCAAACCAUUCAUUGAAGAGAUCAUCUAGAAAGGAUAUGGUCUCCUCCUGGCUGAGAAUGCUCAUCAUGCAGUAUCCCCAACCUUUUCCAGAUGUCAACCUCGAAAGAAGGCAAGAUCUGGGCCUGGAAAGGGAUGCAGGGGCAGAGUGCUGCCCCACCACCAUGGAAUUAUAAUUACACAGAGGGAAUAUCUGAUGUGCCUUUUGUAUGUCAGUACUAGAAGGUGCAGUCAACAAAUACUUUGUGCUACCAUAUUGCCAGAUAGAAGGAAUUCCUCCUAUUUAUGAAAUCUUACUUAACAAAUGUUGUCCCAUGUUGAAAGCUGAUCAUGUGGUGUGGGCACUUCCCUUUCAGAACCUAGAACUUUUACCGUAUCACAAGUCACAUUUAGGUGGCUGGUGUGAUUAAAAUUAGAGGUUCUGAGUGAUGAGCAUCUUUAGGUGAAUGGUUCACCAACAGAGGAACCCAUUUCUGGUCAGUUUUAAGGCAUUCCCUCACCCACUUGAUCAUAUUGACUAGCCUUAGUUAAGUCAGAAAAAGCUAUGAACCACUGCCCUGAGGUAGUCACUCAUAGGAUGUGGUGAGUUUUAGAAUCUGUCCCAAAGCAUUGUCUGGAGGCACAUGAUGCAGCUGUCUUGUCAAAGCAACAUAUUUCUGGGUGUGGGUAAUGUCUGGAUGGAAGACCAUCUGGGGACCAACUGUCUGCAGUCUUGAUUUCCAUGGUGGAAGAAAGCUGGAUGCAAGUGUGCUAAAUAUAUAAAAAUAAAAAAUUGGCACAUGAACUACCUUUGGUGCUUCAUACCAUUGGUUUUCCAUGUACCACUGCUAAACCUCAGGUCCUGUUUGUGGACUUCCCAUAGCCAUCUGGUUGGCCACCGUGAGAACUAGAUGGCCUGAUCCAACAAGGCUCUUAUUAUGUUCUCUUCAUGGCACACAGUGCCAUACACUUUCCAUUCAACAGUGGAAGAGAGAAUGGAGGAUCUCUUCCUUCAGCUUGUGUGGCAUCCUUUGGCCUUUUGCUGCAUUGGAGGAAUGGAAAGCAAAGCAAAGCAGUUACAUUAGCCAAAUACUUUUUUAAGAAGUGUGAUGGAGCUAGCCACUUCCAUCCUGCUUCCCAAGUAUAAUAUUUGAGCUUCAGCUGGAGCACUGCAGCUUACAUCACUGCAACUCAAGCCAGCCUACAAGACCAGAUUAUUUCUUUCUAAGGAUGAAGAUUGUACUUCUAGGCCUGUGAUGUGUACAGUGACAGGUGCUAUUAGAUUUUAUGAAAGACUCCUUGCUACAAGGAAAAUCAAUGACCUUGUUGUUAAAGGACAGCACUUAAUUCUCUGAAAUGCUUUUUCUUCUUUGUCCCCUGCUCAUUGGUUGAGCACAUGCCAUGCAUGUAAAAGUUCCCAGAUCCAUUCAGCCUGUGGCAUCUCCACAAUGGGCUGAGUCCUCUCUGAAACCCCAGAGAGCUGUUCCCAGACAGCAUAGGUGCUGAGUUAAAUGCACCAGUAGUCUGACUCUGUAUGAGGUGGCUUCCUGUAUUCCUCCCUUCUUUGGCAAAUAUUAGGGGGGGGAAAUAAUAAUAAUAGUGUCAUAUACAUGGUUUCCCUUUAGCAAUUAGGAUGUGAAAUAUGAGAUAUGAUUUUUAACAGUGUGUGCAUGUGAAGCAUUUUUCAGGAUACAGCCAUAAUCUUCUGAACUUCCCUGUCCAAUUUCAGAUAGUGUUUACUGGUAGGCACACAGACUAAACCUUGGACACUUUUAAAGGACUGGUAAGGAAAAAAUCUUCUAGAUUUGUUCAAAUUCAGAGAAAUCUAAUUUGAUUAGCUUCAUUUUUUGCCCCUAAACUUUAUCUGCAAUAUGCACUUGGAGAGAUGGUUAGUGUUGCUACAAUCAUUCUUUAGCAUCUGUUUUCUCAUAAACUUAAGCUCUUUAAAGUGGGUGUAAACAAGCCUUAAACUUCAAAUGCAAGCCACCCAAGAGAUUACACAAAAUAAUAAAAGAUUGUUAACAAACUUAGUAUGGAACAGCACAAAAUUAUGACCAGUAGACAAACAUAUUCAAGGACCAGGUCAAAUGUCUGGAAAAAUGGGAUAGACAGACUUCUGCUUGCAGCAUUAACCUUUUGUUACAAAGCAGUCCACUCAUGCAACUUCUUUUCAUGGUGAAUAAGUCCUCUCUCUCUCUCUCUCUAUAUAUAUAUAUAUACUUAAGAUUUUUCAUGGUUUAUGUAGCAUGGUUUAUGUAGCAAAGGUAAUCCAUAUUUUCCAUUUGGAUAAAGAGUGCAGGAUUUGGUCCCAGUGUUCAACAGGCCCCACAAAAAAUUAUAAUUCCUGCAUUUAAGCAGAAGCAUGAAAUAGACCCGGAGCAAAUAGAUAACUAUUACAUCCUAACUUAUUAGCACCAAGUCAGAGUUUUCUCUCUGAGUCUAGUUAUAGGAUAGACUAGAACUACUGGACUUAUCAGAACUAUGGCAUCAUUUGAAAGCCCAUACCAUAAGUAUAUUCAUGAAUUCCCCAAAUAAUUUAGCUCAAAGUUGUCCAUGGUCCUGCAAAUUCAUAAUUGGUGGUUUUUCUGUCUGGCCCAAGACUUGCAGAGUCCUCUGUGACUUCAGAAAAACUAAAGCAGUGGCAAUCAAAGGCUAUGACAGCUGGGAUCUGCAAAAGGCUCUUUGAUGUCACAGAGAACCUUGAAGGCCUUGCUGACUUACCUGCAAGAGUAUUAGAAGCCCACUCUGACAUCAGAGCAGCUCAUCAUCCCAAGGCAUUAAGUGAGUCAGAACAAGAAAAGAAAAAAGAAAUGGUAGCAAAGAGAUUCAGCAUAACACUAAGCCAAACUGUGAAUUAGCACAAGCAAGCAAAUGUGUGGGUUCAUGGAGUGAAGAUCAUGGUUGCAGUCCGCCCCCAGUCCUGUUAUUGCCUCACAACCUGGAGCUACGCUACUGUUGGGCUUAGCAUUAUAUCUGAACCUGGGCUCAUGGUUUUUCUCCUCCAAGAGCAAACUUUUAUUACAGUUUUUGGUUUGUCUGGAGCUACAUCUGUACUGGGGGAUGAGUGCUUCAGCUUCAAUCUUCAUUCUAGGAACCCACACAUUUGCUCAUUCACCCAUAUUUGGUCAAAAUGUUGGUCAAUGCAUUUAUUCUUCACAAACAGCUAAGGUAGCAAUAAAAGCACAAAGUGUUCCAUUUUCCACAACUAGAGUGGCCCCAUUCAAGGAAUGGGCCCUAGACUGUGGCCAUAACACUUGUUCAAACUGUAUUUUCUUCCACAUUUUGUUAGUUUUAUAGUUUGGACAUACUGUACAUAUGACAGAAAAGACUCCCGGUAUUUCAGAUUCACUGUAUACCCUUUCAGCUACUAUACCAUGCACAACCAUAUGUAAAUAUCAGUUCUUUUAAAUAAAACAUCCUUCAUGUGUGAAUAAUUUGGAAAUAUGCACAGGAAUACAGCUAAAAGAAUUUGCAAUGCAGAGCCUAAACAUUCAGUAAUAUCACCUGAAUGGAGUAACAUUUACAGUUAUCUAAACUAAAUUCUACUUCAUAUAUUGCAACAAUUCAAAUUUUAUUUAUCCAUGUAUUGCAUUUCUCAUUUAUUCCUUAACUAUGAAGAAACCUAUAAACCACCUUCUGGUGUAUUCAUUUAGUCUUCUCUUUGUAAAAACAAAAACAAAAAAAGGAUGGCUAUUCACAGAAAAGAGAAAGAAUUAUUUGAUUAGCAACUGGGAUCUAUUGUGCAUAUAGCAAAGCUGUGGUUCCCAUCAGAUAAAUAGUUUUUGAAUUCCACAACCAACUCUGAAAACAGGUUCCAUACUGCUUUCUUCAAAGAAUUUACAUUUCCAGUAAGCAGCCUGAGAAGCAGUCUAAAACUGGUGAAGUCUCUGUUAAAUAGUAAUACUCCUUGAAGAGUGUAACAAAGCUGGACAGCUCGUGUUUCCCAGUAUCUGAACUUUACUAAGUUCGUUGAAUAAGUAUUUGCUGCUCCACACCUGCCACUUACCUCUUCAGCCUCUCUUCUUGAGUGCUUUUCAGCCAACUGAGGCCAUGUCUGUUAUUGGACUUUGGCCUAUUAUUUAUUAAUUCUAUUUAUAACUCUUCACCAAUUGGUUCCAGGGCAGGAUACCUACAAUGUAAAAGUAACAAUCAAGCUUAAGAGUAAAGCUUGUUUGUGCAAAAUAUAUAUUAAAAGGACAAUUCCUGGAUGCGAAGAUUCAAGUUUGGGGCAUUAACUAUUUCAGUACAUGGUCAGCUGUGAAUUUGCUGUGUGUCAUGGGCUAAUACUUGCAUAAAUCAACCCUAAACUGCUUGUUAAUAUGGGGGAGGCGAUGUUCUUCCACUAGUCUUAUCCACUAAAUUGUUUUCCUUCUGAGGAUAUGUGCAGCAAAAAAACAUAUUGCUCAUAAGCUACUUCUGGAAGACUCAAGGAAAGAAAUUGCUCUUGACAAAAAUCAUGUCCGAUUCAGGAAAUGUGUGGUUCAGCCACUUGGUAGCAAUGACCAUAAUGUAAUUAAAUUUGGCAUCCUCCCAUGGGGAUCAUAACAUAAACCAAUAAUUUCACAGGAAACUUCAUUUUUUUAAUAAUACGGAAACCAGAAAUAGCCUAAAGGGGAAAGUUAGGAAAUUAAAAUCUAUAUGAUCAGAACAGAGGCUGCUUAAAGAUACCCACUUAAGUAUGAAAAUUUCUGGAAUGUGAAUAAAAUAAAAAGGUGUUACAGCAAGGUGGAUGAGAUUAUUAAGACCGUACACAUUGUAUCUGGAAAACCAUUUUAAUUCUUAAUUAGGCUGUAAACUUACUGUAAAAUGUAACAGCAAUAUCGUACUGUCAUUGAACUAGCCUGCAGUGUUGAAAAUAAAGUUAAAUACUUGAGGAUUUUAAAAAAGGGAAAGGGUCAAAUAACUAACAAUUGGUAUAAUGACUAGAGCACAGUCGUUAUACAUUAUACAGUGGUAUCUCGGGUUACAGAUGCUUCAGUUUACAGACUCCACUAACCCAGAAAUAGUACCUCGGGUUAAGAACUUUGCUUCAGGAUGAGAACAGAAAUCAUGCGGCGGCAUCGUGGUACCUCGGGUUAAGAACAGUUUCAGGUUAACAACAGGAAGAUUUAAAGGAACUAUUGGAAACUCAAGGCAGUAGAGAUAUGAGAUGAUCAGAGCCCCCCAAACUUGAAGCAUGGGAAGUCCCAAUAAAAAUUUAUAAUUUGGCAGAAUAUUUGGACUAUAUGAUAUGUAUUUGUAUAAUUUGGAAUAUUUAAUGUGAUUUGAUUGGAUUGUUAAAAUGGAAAAUUUAAUAAAAAAUUAUUAUUAUUAUUAUUAUUAUUAAAAGAACAGUUUCAGGUUAAGAACGGACCUCCAGAAUGAAUUAAGUUCUUAACCCGAGGUACCACUGUACAUGCUAGAACACAGCAAGCUGACAUAUUCACAACCAGUGGGAUGUAGUUAGGGUUAAGAGCAUAAGAAUAGCCUACUGGAUCAGGCCAAUGGCCCAUCUAUCCCAGCAACCCGUUCUCACGGUGACCAACCAGAUGCCAAUGGGAAACCAGCAAACAGAACAUGAGCAACUGGUAUUCAGAAGCAUUAUUGCCUGUAGCUGUGGAGGUAGAGCAUAACCAUCAUGUCUAGUGAUUGAUAGCCCUUUCCUCCAUGAAUUUGUCUAAUCCUUUUUUUAAAGCAAUUGAAGUUGAUGACCAUCACUGCCUCCUGGGGCAGCAAGUUCCACAGUUUGACUAUGCACUGCAUGAAGAAGCAUUUUAUCUGUCCUGAAUGUUACAACAAUAAGGUUGUAAGGUGAAGCUACCAACAUGAGUUUGACCAAACUGCAGGAGGCAGUGGAAGACAGGAGUGCCUGGCGUGCUCUGGUCCAUGGGGACACAAAGAGUCGGACACAACUAAACGACUAAACAACAACAAAGUGAGAAGUGUGGUAUGCUUAGCUACAGUGCUAACUUUGACCAUGGGAAACUCAGGUUCUAAUCAACCAUAGGGCUAAGCCAAAUAAUAGCAGUAUCAAUAGUAAUGAUAGCAGUAGUAGCAGUAAUACUGAAAACCUCAAGAAAUCUUCACUAUGGCUGGAUGCAGUCCAUCAACACAGAUGAACAUUUGGUUAAUUUUUAUGUCUAAGUUUCUCUUAUUCUGAGUAUGUAAUAGUUUUGUGUGGUCAUACAGUUUGCUUCAGGCAUCAGACUUCUAAACAACGCUGUUCUUUUAUUAUUUCAUUUAUUGGAUUUGCCAAAGUGCCAAUGCGACAGAUGCCCAGAGAAGUUAACAUGAAAUGAAACAAAUGUUACAACUGACCUUAUUUAAUUAAUGGUGUUAUAAAGUUCACUGACCUCUUUAAGAAAAAAAACAGUGAAAAACACGGGUGCUUGUUUGAAGGAGACCAACCCUCACAAGGCAAGGAAUCCAUGCUUGAGUUUACUGGAGUGGAUUUCUCCUUCAUCCCUAGUGAAGACUUCCCAACUGUUAUCAGAUUUCAGCCAUAUAACCAUUCAUUAUGCCCAUAUACAUAUGACUUAAUGAAGAUCAGGGCAGCAUGUAGAUAAAUCAUAAGGGACUGAAGAAAACCUUUGGUUUUUCUUGGUAAUGGAAUGGUUUAAUAUAAUAAAUAAAAACAUUAAACAAUAUAUGGGAAGCAUUAUUGCUUUUGUUUGUUACUGUGUUAAGUAUUUUUGUGUUUUUAUAUUGUAGACUGCCCUGUGACCCUCGAAUGAAUGGCAGUAUGGAAAUUUAAUAAAUAACAUAAAUAAACCGUUUGCUUUAAUCAUUAUGGCAUACAUUCGAUUUUCUAUAAUCUGCAUGUGCUGUUAUAUCUAAAGGUGCCCUUCUGCAUGUGGAAAGUAUGUUCCACUCAUAGAUGCAGUGCUUCCCACUGUGUGAAACAAAUUAAAUGAAUCUCAAAGUAUAUUCUUAUGCCUGUGUAAUCUCUUGCACCAGUGGAAAUGUGAGUACUAUUAUAGAACCUGCCAAUUAGAGCACUGUGUAAACCUUUUGUCAUAUAUUUGUGGAACUGCACUAAUUUUCUUUCCACUCGUCAUUCUUUGGAGCCAGUUCAGUCCCCCCCCCCCGCCACCUUGGUUUAUCAGUUUUAAGAACAUAAGAAAUGUGAAGGAGUAUUUCUGCAGUUAUAUACAGAGGAAGUUAUUAUAUUGCUUUUUAACGAAUGCUUAGGCAGUUUCAGACAUGGUCCCCUGGUUACAAUUAAGUUACUUGUUUAUAUAUAUAUAUAUAUUACCUACUAUUUUAAAAAGUAGCUAUUGUUGUUUGCAUUUCUAGAAACUGUUAUUCCCCUUCCUUUCCCCUUUGUUAAAAUUAAGUUAUUUUUCAAGUUUAGUACUUUGUAACAUGUUUGCCUCGUGGUCAAGCAAAAUUGCUGUUCUUGUUAAUUCUGCCCACUUCCAAGAGGGCUUCCAGUAUAGGACAUGAUUCCUGCCCCCCAAAUUUAUCCUCACAGCAAGCCUAGGUUAAGCUAAGUGAUGCUAACUGGCCUCAAGCAUUGUAAACACUGGGAACAAGCAGAGAUUUGAACCAGGGUCUUCCCAAGCUAAGUCAGGCAGUAUAACCACUUCACCACAUGAGCCCUCUGUAAUAGCCAAAAUAUCUGAAUGGGAACUGGCCAUCUUUGACUUGAAAAAUGCAUCUGUCCAGUGUCCUGAAGGACCCAUCUCUGGCCACCAUACCUUUGAUGUUUGUCCCAGCUUAUUGGUCUUCUGCUCUCACUGUGCACUCCAAACUACUGCCACACCCACCUCCUCUGUGGUCUAAUCCUCACCAGGUCUGACAAAUGUUCUGCUCAGUUGGGGAGAGCAGAUCGUACUAAGUCAACAUUUAUUUAGGGUGAUGUGGUGACUGUCUCCAAGUGCCAUAUCUUCUCCCAGAUACAGAUAGCCUGGGUACACACUGGCUCUUGUGACUCUUGUCUCUUGGGUAGUGCAUGGGAAGGCAGUGCACUUUUUCUCCUUGGCAUUAUUCAGUGCUUUUUUCCUGGGGGUUCGCAGGGGUACGCAUAUCCCUAAACAUUUUGUGAAUCUUUGUACUUUUGUCCAUUUACUGUAUUUAUUUUCCCCAAUUUGAACUAUAAAAUGGUGGUUUUCUUGAGUCAAAAUGUGCUCUAAACAUUAUUAUUUUUUAAGAAAAAAAACACUGGCAUUAUUAGUAAAGAGAAUUAGCUGUCUCUGGAUCUUCUUUGUAGCUGAAAUUGAAGAAGGCUUCCUAGUCAUCACAUUCAGAAGCACCCAGGCAAAUGUUGGUGCUGAUAUAAACUGGGGUUGCAUUCUGCCUCCCAUUGAAAAAAAAAGCCUGAACCACAAGCAAAUUCCUCAUUCACAUGUAUAUUUUAAUCGUACUAAUGAAACUUUUGAGAGCCUUUCCAGACACUCAUUUUCUUCUGGGCAGACAUCAUGGAUUCCCACAGAUUAUAUUAGUUUUGUUCACAUUGAAUAGCCAGCAUUCACCUCACACUGGCAUUAAACUCUGAAUGAAAUCACAUGAAUGGACAUUCCCUGGGGAACUGGGCAUCAUCCUACAAUGUUACUUGAAAUGACCAAGAUUUUCUGGAAACAGAUGUUUAUGAAUGGACAUCAUAAAUGUUGCAUACUGAUUUUUCAGUACAGAUUCAACAGUUCUGCAAAGAUCAGGCUCUUUGACUUUUCUCAAAAAACAAUCAUGACUUCUUCUCUAUCAGAUUCUAAAAAAUAAUUUUAAAAAUUGUACGCCACAGCAUACCUCCGAUAAGCUUGGUUACAUCAGUAUUUUGUAGUUAGGCCCAUAAUUGUGAUCAAGCAUUGUGUAUGGGAAUUUUUUUGUUUAGAGAUGAUGAAUUUCCUAGGAAAUGAGCUUUAUUCAUAUUAUCUGGACUCUGUUUUCUUUAUGUAGCUAUGGAUUACUUUAACACAGGAUGGAGUCCUUAAUUUGUAACACAUGAUUAAGUUUUUAUAAAUUGCUACAUUGUAUCUGUAUCAUUCCUGGUCUGGUGUGUGUACGUAUGUUUUAACAAAGAUGGCUUAACAUAAGACAGAUUUUUGUUAAUGGAAUCCAUUCCACCCAGAAGGUGUUCUUUACAACAAACAGGAAACACUGCUAUAUAUAACACAAGGUCUGAGCAAUGGAAAGAUACAUUGAUGAUGUCACUUAUUGUAAAUAUUAUUUGUACCUGCUAGUUUAUUUCAGGGGAAAUUAGGAGAGUGACAUCAUAAUGAUGGCUGACUUUUAUUAAUGCUCGCUCUCCCUUGCUCUCAUUCAUUCCUAGAUUGUAAAUUGUUAUAAAGGGAAGAAGCAGCCUUAAAAAUUCUGUCCCUCUUAUCUUUGUUGUGAAGAUUGUUUGUACAAAACAUACAGUUGAUAUCACUAGCUCUGUUAUUCUUGCCAUUAGCUUUCAUGUAACUCAAUUUUGAUAUACAGUUAAAUGAUUUGUCAUGGAAAGCAGGAUGUGAUCUAAGCCAAGGGACAAACAAGAUGUGCUGUUGGAGAUGAAUGAAGUCUCUUGACAUUUAGGGGGUGAGGAUUGGUGGGUUGUUGUUUUCUUACUGACUUACAACUUGGGAGGCAGCAAGUUGGAGUUCUGACAGCUUGCCCAAGCCCCUGCCCACCCCCCAUGGAUCCAGCCUAUGUGGUUCUGCCCUAGUUGUACUUCCCAGUCCUUUCUUCAUAGUUGCAUGUGUAAGAAGUAGAUAUACAGAAGGGCAAACCAUGGAUAUUGCUUUUGCUGGACUGGUGCAACUAAUUUCAGUUAUUAUUCUAUUUUUCCCCACUCUCAACUUUACAUUUAGGGUAGGCUGUAAAUGAAGUAAAGAUAUCAAUUCUCAGUUUUUAAAAUUAGCAUAUAAGCAGACUGGCAUUUCCUCAGCAUUAACUAAAAUUUGAUCAUUAUGAACCAUUUGCCUGUCCAUUAAAAGAUAUGCGUUUAAUAGAGCUCUAGAUUAUAUAAUUUACUAUUGGCCCAGUAUUCUGUAUUUUGUAAAGGGGGUCAUAGGAAUUGAACUUUAUAUGUUAUUCUAGUAACUUAUACCUUUUAAAUUGUUGAUAUGAUAUGUUGUAUAAAUAGAAAUUUUAUAAAUCUCUUUAAAAUGUGUCUUUAAAAAAAAAGUAUGACCUUUAAGUCACAACAAUCUGUUACAUAACUCGGCAAGGGAAGUCACAUGGUCGUAACCUCAUAUUUCCUUAAAUUUAUGGUUGUUUCUUGGUGGUCCAAAACACAUUUUAAAAAGUUCCCUUUCAUAGUAGUAAUCUUACUAAAUUGUUUAAUGUUUAAUGUUUGCUCUAAUAAAGGUCAGCACAAGUUCUUAUUUAGAUUUACAAUGGGAAAUAUAAAAUCUCAGAUACCAAUGAAACCUCAAGCAAUGAAGUCAGGGAUUUCCAGUGUUAUGUUUCAUUCUAAUGAUGCGAAGAUAAUGCCUUUAGCUGCAUGACCACUAUAUUAGCUACAGACCAUAAAAUAAUCUUUAUGGAAACAAGGAGUCAGAAACCACGUAUUUCUUACUCCAGCCAAGCAUUCUCAUCAUUAGUAAUAUUUGGUUGGUAAAAUCCCCCAACCAUUUCAGUAUCUCCUUCCUUCCUGCCUGCCUGCCUGCCUGCCUGCCUGCAUCAAAAUAUGAGGGUGUGUAACAAAAAGAGAGCAAUCAUUGUGGCAUGUUUUCCUGCUCUUGGAUCAUAGAAAUAUAUAGAACAGCCUGAUGCUAGGACCGGUGGUACCCAGAAAAAACACUUUGGGUUGUACAAAACAUGAUAUGACACUUCUGCUGCAGGAAAUUUUACAGGUGUUGCAGGCAGAUGUAGUGUGGAGUAGAUGAAGGCAGAUGAAGGUAUUUGGUUGUGCUGCUGCAGAUGCACCAGGGUGUUUCUUCUCUCUGUGGUUGUUUCUCUUCGGCUCACUACUGUGGAUAUACAACCUGUCUGUCUGUCUCCAGGCUGUCUCCUGUCUGUCUGUCUGUCUCAUCUGCAAGGGUGAUGACCCCACACGGCAGGGUUGAGGUUGCCACAAAUAGGUUUAUUGAAAAUAUGGGCCAAGUGGAUCCAUAUAAGUGGUAAAAAUGACCAUAUGAUGGCUUUACAAUGGCCAUGAUGCAAAGUUCUGCAUGCUAUUUCCAAACAUGCAUCAGAGAUUUUUCAGUUCUCUCCCCGCCCAUUUCUAACAGCAGCUCCCUUUGCCCCUAAAACGCUCUCCCCAAAUUAGGACAAUGAACCCUCUGGAGUAGCAUCCCACAAGGCAUUAUCCACAAAAGUACAUUGUGCAUCCAUCCAGGUUGCUCUUAUCCCAGACUUGCAACUCAACCUGCAUUUUUCAUGCUGCAGCAAUGUGUGCCAAAAGACAUGGCAGCUUCAAAUUUUUAUGGGCCAUAGUGACUUCCAGCUUCAUUCAUGCAUUCAUUUUAUAUAAGAGUGUUUAUAUACUGCCAUCUCAUAAAAUAUCAGGGCAGUGUACAUCAAUUUAAAAGCAUUAAAUAAAAAUUAAAAGCAGUACAAAACAAUUCUUAAAAUGACUAGCUACUCAAGAAAAUUUCAAACAGCUACAUAAGCCUAUCUUCAAGGUUCACUUGAAUGCCAAAAGCGAUGUUGCCUGCUGAAUCUCUGCUGGAAGUGUGUCUCACAGCAUGGGACUGGCGACACUAAGUGGUCGAUUUUUGGUUAAGUUCAUUUGGCAUCUUUAACAUGGGGGAUAACUAUCAGUGCUCCUCCGGAUGAUCUCACUUGGUUAUGUAAACAGUGGCUCCCUGGGUGAAUCUCAGCACACUGAGCUUCUUCCACUUGAUCACAACCACUUGAAAAGCAACUUUGCUACAGAGUGUCAACAACCAAUUCCUCUUGAAUUUGUUGUGAAGAAGCAUGCUUGAUGUUGGCCCAAAAGGUCACAUCCAUAGAACAGAUGCUUAUCCGUUGCAUAGCAAAUAUAGGUUGAAUUUUGAGUUGGGAACAUGAUGAAGCAAUUGCAGCUUAAAUAUUCUCAACAUAGCUAUUUGAAUUAUGCAUUGGCUGUUGAGAACACGCAGACUGCAUUCAUAACAGGUGGCUAUUUUCACUAUAGAAAAGUUUAAGAUAUAAACAUUCACCUGGGAAUUGGCAGUAUUUUUUCCCUAUUUUUUCAAACAGUAGUGUUAUGAAAAGCUAAAGUCAAAAGGUUAUUAAAUGGUCAGUAGUGGCUAGCUUAUUAAAUAGCCAUCAUUAUCCCAUGUUGCUAUAACAUCAUUAAACCAAUGUUGCUAAAACUGGGCAUCAAUGCACUUUAAUUCAAAUUAGAUCUUCAGACUAUAGCAGCUCUUCAUGACGCCAUUCGGGGAAAUUGGCAGGGCUGGAGAUCACAAGGAAUGAAUGAAAUGCAUGUAUUGUAUAAACAUAAUGUGCAAAUAUGAGUUCAAAUGGAAUACACGGCAGUGACCUCAGAUAUUAGGUUCAGGAUAAUCACAGUUCAGAUAACUGGUGUUCCAUUAUACUUUGCGUAAGGAUACUGAAAUCAACAUAUCAUGGCAACUUGGCAGCAGCUGCGGAUUGUUUUUGUUUAUGAACUUAGAAAGAGGAUGGAUGGUUUACCAAACCUUUCAUCCUAGAUGCUGCUAAUUGAAUGAGCACUUAUGAGGCCAUUGAAAGUGCAAUGUAAUUAACUGUUGCUGGGAUCCAAAGAACCAUACUGGGAAUGCAGUGGGGACUUUCUGAAAGCAGCUCUCCAUGUUACUAAAAAAACAAACAAACCAGCAACCAAAACCCAGUGGAAGUCCAACAAUGGUCUCUGAUGGUGGCCUCUAAUUUAACAUAAAGAGGGGGGAAUCAUGGGGGAAACAAGGGGUUCCAUGGUACUUGCAAGGAGGUCCUGCAUGUUCCUAAUGGGUUUUCUUGAUCUUGACCCAUGUCUUUGAUUUCAAUGGGAGUUGAAGGAGCUUAACUUUGCAUUAACUUUGCAUUUUUGCACCCAGUUGCAUAUAACAGAUUGGAGUUGGUUAUGCCUAAAAUAGACCCAUUGAUAUCAGUGGGAUUUAAGUUAUGUCUUUAUAAGCUUUAGCCCCAUUGAUUUCAGUGGGGAUAUUCUAUGCAUAGCCAAGUCUGGAUCCAACCCAAAGUUGCAGAAACUCUGAAAUGUACUGAUAUUGCUAAGUCAGCAAUAAUAACAGAAUUUCACCUCAGAGGUCACAAUCUGACACAGGAUAAGGCAUGUUUCAGCCCAUUGAUUUAAAUGGGUCUAGUUGAGGCAAGAGUCUAGCUCCAGUUCAAGAGUAAAGAACUGAUGUAAUUGUGCCAUUAAUGAAAAUUGUUUUCAUGCUGUAGCUUUUCUUCUUGAAAUCAUUAUAGAAUUUCACAACCUGCAAUCUAUAAGUUAACCUGUAUUUAUUUUAAAGGGCAUAAAAACAAAUUUCAAGUUAUGCAGAUUGUACAAUUUUGUUUGCCAAAAUGAAAGCUUGCAUUCUGGCCCAUUGUACAAACAAGAAAAAGCACCCUGAAACAGAAUAGUGUAAAAAUAUUCAUAUACAAAGUCUUCAUGUCCUAUUAUAAAUGAUAAUAUAAAUGAUAUACAAGCACAGUCUCCACAUACAGAAGUACAUUGUAUCAUAUUUUAUCAUGGAUGAUUUGUCAUAUUAAGGAACUGCAUUUCAAAAUUAUUCUUUAAGUACAAGUAGCAAAGAAGAAGAAGAAAAUGAACGACAAUAUAUCAAGAUCACUAAAGGAAAGAAUAAGUUCACCGAUAACAAUCAUUAUGGUGCAUGCCUAUACAUGCCUACUCAGAGGUAAACCCCAUUGACUUCAAUGGAACUUACUCCUUGGUAAGAGAGUAUAGGAUUGCAGCCUUAAGUAUAUCAUGCUGCAGGAAUAACUGGAGUGAGACGGCCUAAGAAGCACCUCAUAAACAAUAGCAUAUUUAACUUAUGUGUGAAAUAUUCAUUAUGUUCAGGAAAUUCUUUUCUGAUCAUACCCCAUUCUGUGUAUUUUUGAAUCUCUGUUUGUAUCAAUACUUAUUAAUUAGAUAUUUUCUGUAGAAAAAUACAUUUAUGCUAGUAUGCUUGGAGGGUGCUCUUUUGCAUUCUGCACUUCAGAGCUCUGAAAGAUCCCCCUCCCUUUCCCUCCCACCCCUCCCUUUUUGGGGUUGGUUUUUUGUGUGUGUGUGUGUUUUUUGCUGCAUUUUGUUGCUGGCAUUUGUAUUGUCACAGUACAUGAAACUGAUGCUAAACAUAUAACAGUACUAAUCUGUGUGGCAUACAUAAAUAAUGAAAGAAAGAUGUUUGGGCAUUUUCUAUUUUUGUUUUUUGAAAUAAUAAAAUCCUUUGCGCUAUGGACCCCCGUACAGAAUGAUGCUUUCAUGCAGUGAGAAUGGAGGCUGCUUAUUACCUACAGUAUGCUAGCAAUGAUGAACAGACCACCAUCGUUGUGACAAGUGAUGUAGUUGCCUCCAGGGUAAAACAAAGGUUUACAUAUUACACAAGCAAUUUAACUGUUUUCUAAACAUAUUGCCAAGACAGUGGGAGUUGGCACUGUGUUUCAGGGCUUGGAUACUUGGAUUUGAAGUGACUGCUGAUUAUAGACCUUUUUCCUAAUUUGCCUUCUGCUUAUAACAAGCAACCUAGUAAUCCAGGAAAGAAUUCUCUACAGCACUUAAACUUGUCUUCAUGGCUUCCCAAAGAUCUCUCCAUAGAAAAGGAGUGAGGAGGCUUGUAUACCAAUAGCUACACAAAACAAUUGUUCUCUUCCGACUCUCAAGGAGCAACAACCGCUGCCGCCCCCCAAUUCCCCAAACCGGAUGAAAUGUUUUAUAAUCCUUUUUUGUGCCAUAGUUAGAAAAGGAAGAAAGAAAAGAAGAAAGGAGGCAGGCAAAGAUUACUCACAAGAAAGAAAGAAACUUUUUUUAAGGGGGGGUCCCUCUUCAACACAAUAAAGAACAUAAUUAACUUCACAAUUCUUUGUUUUGCUUUUUUCCCCAUUUGACUGCAGGGUGGAGAUGAAAGAGGGCUCUUAAGCCUUGCAUUCCAUCCCAAUUACAAAAAAAAUGGAAAGCUGUAUGUGUCCUAUACCACCAACCAAGAACGAUGGGCCAUUGGGCCACAUGACCAUAUUCUUAGGGUUGUAGAAUACACCGUGUCCAGGUACGAAUUUUGUAAACAGCUUCAGCAGCAAGUCCCCAUAUACAGUGUACUUCAGCUUAGUUGUGUCAUAUGCUGGGAAUCUGUCAGUCCCCAAGCCCAGUUUUUCUGCUUUUGCAUGCCUUGCUUUUAAACAGGUUGCCCCUCAUUUACAUAGGAUCCAUCUAGAUACUGUCAGUAAACAUCCGUGACAGAUUUCAAUCAAACGCUGCUCAGGCAAGCGGCAAAGUGCAGUGCCUUGCUCUCUUCAAUAAAUCCUCUUUAUUCUAUAAUGAUUAAUGCUGUAUUAUGUUCUAUCAUGUUAUUGUUAUUAAUUGUUUGUAAGCCACCAUGGGAUAUUUACCUGGAUGAAAAGCGGCAUAGAAAUAUAAUCAGCCGAACCAAUCUUUAUUCAAAUGUAUAUCCCAAAUAAUUUCAAAAAAAAUAAACAGUAAUGCACAUUUUUUGUCUUUGAUACAAAAUUCUAGUCUUUUGGAAAGAUCUGACACAUCACUAUUUUUGGAAUUAAGAAGGUUGACUAUUGACUGAGGAAUCUGCAACAAAGUCUGACUCCAUGCAGGACAAUGCUAUGCUAACCUACUACUCUUCUGAUCUAGCUUAUUAGUGCAUUUGAGCAACAAAAUUCAUCUUGAUGGUGGUUUCUCAAGUCUUAAUAUGGCUUAAACUGACCAUACCCACUUCCUUUUUUCCUGGACAUGAAGGAAUGAGGAAUGUUAGCCUCAAACUGAGUUGGCAGCCAUACUACAUGUGACUGACUAGUUACUGGUAUGCCUCAGAAUGCUCUUUAAUGAGAUCCCUUUGGAGAGUGGUUCAGCUGUACCUCUCUCUAACGAUCCCUUAAAAUCCACUAUCAAUCUAUGUCCUCACCACCUACAACUGUGCUGAAUAACAUUUGUUUAUUUAUUUCCGUAUGUCCCACCCUUUUUCCAAGGACCUUGGGGUGGCAUACACAUUUUCCCCAAAUUUAUCCUCACAGCAACCCUAUUAAGAGAAUAGUGUCUGGUCCAUGGUCAGGGAGGAGGAACCCGUGGCUGUUCAUAUGUUGUUGGACUCCAACUCACAUCAGGCACAGGCAGCGUUACUAGCGUUCAGCAAUAGCAUCCAAUAUCUGGGGUGCCACAGGUUCCCUAACCCUUCUCUAUUAUACCACACCGGUUGCCUCUUAAUAUCAGCAACAAAAACCUGAGAUACAUUCAGGAUGCAAAACCUUUGCCACAUGGCAAGCAAAGGAACAAAACAAUACCAAAAAAAAACCCCCACGCACUGUUUGAUGGCCAGUCACAGUCCACUAAGGAAUCAUUGGCCCCCAGGCCAAUUGAGUGGAAGCUAUCAUGCCUCACCCAUGUUUAAAAGGACCUAGGACAAAGCUUUAUUUCAAAAACCAUAUGUCCCUGCCAUUCUGAACUAAUGCAAGGAUGGUUCUGGGGCAGAGAAGAAACAUUUUAAACAUAAAUUUAAUGGAAAUAUAUUAUUGAGAUUAAUUCCACAAUCCUUUUUCUGUGCUACAGGAAAAAUCCACAUCAGGUUGAUACGAGAACAGCAAAAGGUUUUCUAGAAGUUGCAGAGCUACACAGAAAACACCUAGGAGGACAGCUGCUGUUUGGCCCUGAUGGGUUUUUAUACACAUUCCUUGGUGAUGGGAUGAUCACUAUAGAUGAUAUGGAGGAAAUGGAUGGUUUGAGGUAUAAUAAUUACCAGUGGAUAAAAUCUUUCUUAUUUAUUGUUUCUUUUUCAGCACCACACCCUCUAAAAUAAUUCUACCAUUUAGAUGUCCAAUACAGAUCAGUAAUAUAAUCUUCAUCGUUGAAAACAUGUGCCAAUCCCCCCACUCACUAUAUUUAUACAAUUCAUGUGCUGAUCACUUCAGUGAAUGAAUUGGAAUAGCAAGAUGCAGACCACCACAGAAGCAUUAAUGCUUAAUGGAGGAAAAUAUAUUUUAUCCAUACUGCUCUGUUUAUACUGCUCCCCACUCAAUAUAGCUAAACACAAGUACCAGUCCUCCAAAAUGGAGGAACUCAUUUGAGCAAAUGUGUCCAGUGAAAAUCAUAGGUGCAUGCAGCAUGUCAUUUCUGUCUUCUAAAGAGGCCAAACUGAGACUUAACAAGUGGAGGCAAUUUGGAGCUACGUUAUCUCACAGAGUUAGUAUGCUGCCUUAAACCCACAGAGAUUACCCUUUCAUUGGGUAAUUUCCUGUUUAUUUCACUACUAUUUAAAUGAAUGCUGCCAAGUAAAAAUCCUUUUAAAAAUCAAUUGUGUUAUCCUCCAACUUUCUCAGUGAUUUUACAGGUUCUGUGUUACGCCUGGAUGUAGAUACUGAUUUCUGCCAUGUGCCUUAUUCCAUACCACGGAGCAACCCACACUUUAACAGCACCAAUCAGCCUCCUGAAAUUUUUGCCCAUGGACUCCACAAUCCAGGCAGGUAAGUAGGUUAUAUUUCUUUUUCAACAUGACCAUAAACUAACAAGGAGAUAAACACACUUUUAAAAAUUGAAUAUUCAGAGACAAUCCUUCAUCUAUGCCCAUAGGGAAAGGGAGGAAAAAGACAAUAAAAUAAUUUAACCGAAAGGGUGGGUGGGUGUUUACUUCAUGGGGAUGUAUAUUUGGAACAAGGUCUUACAACCGUGAAAGAAGAUCCAUGUGUUCGUUCGGAAAUACUGUAUUAGUAUGUACAUUACAUUCCAGUCUACUAAACAAAUACCCUGUGGUGAACUGGUGUUGCCAUAGGGAGAUUAGAGUUUAAAUCACUUUGCCAGCCAUACAUCUAAGCACAACAAGAACAUGCUCUAUGGAGAGCUGGCUUCAGGCACUAGGCCUGUUAGAAGACCAACUCUUCACUAGAAAGAUGUCUACAAACUAGACAUGAAGGCUGGCAACAUCAACCCUGCUGUGUGGAAAUCCCUUGCAAACAACUGCAGUGCCUGGAGACAACCAGUGAGGUUGUCUAUCCACAGCAGUGACCAGAGCAGGAAAGACCACUGGGAAGAGCACAGAAAGAAGAAACACCAUGAUGUGUCUGCAGCAGCACAACUGGAUGCCUUCAUCUGCCCCAGCUGCAACAAAACAUUCUCUUCCUUAUUGAUCUCUACAGCCAUCAGGUGCUGUAACUCUCCAAUGGUUUGACUUCACCCCCAAAGGCACACUCUUCAAUUGUUUCCCAAGACAGGCGGAUGCCGAGCAUGAAGUUGUAUGAAUUUCUUUUGGUUUUUGCACAAAUCAGAAACAAGCACUCUGGUCCAGGAAUUUUCAAAAUGGGUUUUUGUUUCUGUCAAAGGGCUUGUUUUUUUAAUUUAGUAUAAAAUAUUCGGGUAGUCCUUAAAGAACACAAGAAGAGCCUGCGGGAUCCAACCAAUGGCUUAACUAGUCCAGCAUCCUGCUCUCACAAUGGCCAGCCAAGAUGCCCGUGAAAAACCUGCAAGCUGGAUUGAGCACAAGAGCACUCUCCCCUCCUGCAGUUCUGAGCAACUGAUAUUCAGAAUUUUUACUGCCUCCAACCUUGAAGGCAUAGCAUGGCCAUCAUGACUAGUUGUCAUCAGUAGCCCUCUCUAUGGAUCUGUCUAAUUCUCUUAUAAAGCCAUCUAGGUUGGUGGCCAUCACUGCCUCUAUGUAACUUAUGAAUUGCAAAUGCUUGAUACUCUGACUUUAGUGAAACUAAGUGGAUAGCUACAUAUUACAGUAUACAUGUAACAGUAAGGUAAAGGUAAAGGGACCCUGACCAUUAGGUCCAGUCGUGGCUGGCUCUGGGGUUGCGGCGCUCAUCUCGCUUUAUUGGCUGAGGGAGCCAGCGUACAGCUUCCAGGUCAUGUGGCCAGCAUGACUCAGCCACUUCUGGCGAACCAGAGCAGCGCAUGGAAACGCCGUUUACCUUCCCGCUGGAGCGGUACCUAUUUAUCUACUUGCACUUUGACAUGCUUUCAAACUGCUAGGUUGGCAGGAGCAGGGACCGAAGGGAGCUCACCCCGUCGCAGGGAUUCGAACCGCCGACCUUCUGAUCAGCAAGUCCUAGGCUCUGUGGUUUAACCCACAGCAAAAGAGAAACAUAUUCAGGAGGGGUGAAUCCGACGGCGAGAGAAGCUGCAGAAGGAGAGCCUGUGUUUCCUGUUCCAGUUUCUCCACUCCAAAUCCCUUCUCCACUCAACACUAACAUAUACCCCAGGUUCCAAAUGCAUGUUUACCCCUUAGUUUCACCACAAUCCCAGUAUCAAGUAUUAUAGAUUUCCACUCAGUAACUCAAACCAGCUGAAUAAUUUAUAUAAAAUUAUAAAUAAGUAGUACAUCGUAAUGCUGCAGCAAUUUCCCCGCCUUCGUCAGCAAUUAACUCAUUCAUGUUCCACAACAGUGGCUACUGCAUGCAUCAUCAAUAGCAAAUCCAACAACAUGACAACAGCAGGUUAUAGCCCAGCCACAAAGUCAAAAGAUUUCUGCAACCACACCCACACACCACUCCAUCUUUCCAGCAAGAGAUAUUAUGGCAGUUCAAAGACACAUUCCAGCUGGGCAAAAGCAUUAAAGGAGUGUUGGGGGUGAAGCCAGAACGAGUUGUGGUCUGGAGUGGGGUGGCUAAAGGAUUGUCUGGAGGACCAUACAGAGAGGUCCAGAGGGCCAUAUUCAGCUCCCAGGCUAAGGUUUCCAACUCACACAGUAAACAAACCUUAUAAGAAUGGCCAUUUACAUGCACUUGAGGAUCAGCAUUUCAGCAUGGAAAGCAUUGUUUUGUAUUCUGGUAUAGAAGCAAAGUGGUAAAUGACAGAAGGUUUGCUGUUUCAUCUCUCUUUUAACAUGCUGUUGAACAGGUGUGCCGUGGAUCGUCACCCAACUGAUGUAAAUAUUAAUUUAACAAUACUUUGUUCAGACUCCAAUGGGAAGAACAGGUCCUCAGCAAGAAUCCUUCAGAUAAUAAAGGGGAAAGAUUAUGGUAAGUCCUAUAAUACGUACAGUAUAUUUAGAUAGCCUUCCAAGAAUGUGUAGGCUAGUGAGUACAGCCCUACAGGCAUAUCUAAUAUGUUAUAUGUGAAAGGGAGCAAAAGGAAGAUUUUAAAAAUAUUUUUACCAUUACACUCCUUUCAAAUUAAAGUAUUUCUAGUCUCAUAGUUACAGAUACAUGAUUUUAAAAUGUUGCAGCAUUAUCUACAACCCAGAACAGAGUUAUGAGCACUUAGGACCCAUUGAAAUCAGUGGAACUUGAGAGCAUGACUAGCCCUCUUCUAGAUUUCAGCUUUAGCUAUUGCACAUAUUUGUGGGUACAUUUUAUAAAUGCCAUACUAAAGAGUGAUGUGGUUUGAAAAGGGAUUUAUUAAGCCACAGUUCCAGUGGAAUUCUGGGUGAUUCUAAUGAAGAUGAAACAAAGGAAUUUUGUGAUGCAAAAUUAUGACCACCCAGGGAAGAAUGCAAUUAGAGUAAAGUACUGUGGUCCCUUGCUUAAAAGAAUAAUUUAUCAGAUUGCAUAAUAUUGUCUUACUUACCCUAAAAGCUUAACAUGCAAAUUCAUUUUCCAAAAAUUAAGGAAAAAGUAAGUGCAGUAGUCUCCAGCUUGCUAGAGUCUAGCAAACAAAAAUCAUGUCUGUGCCAAUCAUUUAAAAUUAUAUAUUUUGGGAAAACAAGGAAGAAUCUUGUGGCAUCUUAUCGAGUAAUGAAAAUGUAAGAUUUUGUAGACUAGAAUCCACUUCAUCUGAGGCGUGAAGUGGAGAGAGAAAACAGUCGUGCAAGAUGCAGUCAAAUGGUAAUGAAAUGCAAAAAGUAGACUGUGAAAAUUCAAUUAAAGCAUGCAUAGGAUUGUGCUGCAUAAGAUCUAAUGCUGGACAAAUGUUGCUGACUAAAGAAACUGUAAUGUUAUUUUAGCCUAAAUUCUACCUUGCAUUUUCUGGUUUGCAGCACUGGGGUUGUUGAAAUACAAAUAUCCUGAUUUUUUACUCUCCUCUUUCAAUUAAAACAUGUCUUUAACAAAUGAAAUUGCAUUUAAUCUAACACUAUGGUAGUUCCUUUUUAGAAAGCGAGCCUUCACUUUUGGAAUUCAAGCCAUUCAGUAGUGGGCCAUUGGUUGGUGGAUUUGUAUACAGAGGCUGCCAGUCUGAAAGACUUUACGGAAGUUAUAUAUUUGCAGACCGUAACGGGUAAGUUUCUUUAAAACUCGCACAAAAGCAAUACAGAUGUAGCCCCCCCUCAUAGUAAGCUCCUGCAUCUUCUUCCUCCCACACAUGGCAACUACUAAGCACCCUUUUCACCCAUUUAUGAAGUCACCAUUUCCUCUGAUGCUAUAGACUGUUUCAUGCCUCUGCUUUCAUCUUCACCUACAUUCACAUUCCUCCUCCUCCCGCCUUUUCUGCAACCACCCCUUUUUCUCCCUGCCCCCUUACUUUAUCUCAACUGUCCCUUGCGCAUAGAUCACACCCAUUUUGCGCAUAGAUCACACCCAUGCCUUCUUCUCUAUCCUAGUCUGCAGUCCCCUUUGUGCACACAUCCCAUGCUGAUAUAUGCUACUGUAUGUUUAAGAUGAACAUCUUAAGAGCAAGCCUGUCAGUUAGUUUGUUCAUUUAGGGAAGGUUAUGUUCAGUUAAUGGAUGUUGCACAUGUAUGGGUGUUUGCUUGUUAGAAAAUAUCUGGUCGAAAUUACUACAUUGAAUCUGGGACUUCGUGUUGAAGAAAACACAUGGUACCAGGAGUGAAAUGCAUUUUGUGUAGGUACUGUGGGAUAUUUGAGGGCUCCACAUCUUUUGGUGAGUGGUAGAUCCGUUGUUGUUCCCAAGAGAGGGUGGAAUCAAAAGCCCCACCAAUCAGGGGCAGAGGAAGGGGGUACGGUGGGGGCAGUCCACCCCGGGUGUCACCACUGACGGGGGUGACAAAAUGGCAGGCGGCACUCACCAUGAGGCAUGCAGCGCGCCUGAGCCGUGCGUCUCUCCUGGUCCGCCCGCCUCCUCCUCCCCAGCUAUAGGGCGGCUGAGUUGAAGGAGGCAGGCAGACUCCUUGGAGACCCCGCAGAGCAUCCUGCCCUGGCUGGCCCCACCCCCGCACGCGGCUGGCCCAGCCCCUGGGCGCAGAUCACGUGCACCGCCCCAGGCACCCGAUCAGCUGGAUCCGCCACUGCCACCAAUCACAUGGAAGGCCUUUUAGAGCACCUCAAGUAGCUCUCAGUGACCAAAGCAUAAUAGGUCUGGAUUCAUCAAAACAUUGUGUUAUAUUUCAUGAGAAUUUAUCAGUGCUCAGAGGCACAAAGUAUAAUUUGGAUUGUAGGCUUUAUGGCUCAGAUUUUAAAGGACUCCAUUUUACAUGUGUCCAUUAUAGUUCUAGAUUUUAUUGAUGCAAAGCACACUGUGUAACAUUUUGUCCCUUUUUUUAUUUGUGUUUACAGAAAUUUUUUAACACUGCAACAGAGCCCCGUGACCAAACAGUGGCAAGAGAAACCACUUUGUCUGGGUAACAGUGGUUCAUGUAGAGGUUUCUUUUCAGGACAUAUCUUGGGAUUUGGUGAAGAUGAAGUAGGUAAGACAAUAACAGCUUCUUUAGGAUAUUAUUAUAUUUAUAAGAAAAACUUGGCCAAGAUGUGUCUUGUGUUAUCUAUAUCUAUCUAUCUAUCUAUCUAUCUAUCUAUCUAUGUGUGCAUUUAUAAAAGUUCUAUAUUGCAAUUCAAUACAUUAUUAUCAGGGUGGUUCACAAGAAAAAAGAAACAAGUUAAUAUUUUAAAAUGUAAUAAAAUGAAAACAAACAAUAAAACACUAGGAUUUAAAAGUAGCAAUAGGAUACUCAAAUAUUAAAAGCUCAUCAGAUAUUAAAAGCCUGGGGAAAUUUAAAAAAUCUUCCCCUGGGACCCAAAAUAACUUAGUGUAGGCACCAGGAGAGCCUUCCUAGAGAGAGAAUACCAUAAACGGGCCAAUACCAAGAAGGCCCUGUCACUUCUUGCCUCAAUUAGAGAUUUUUUAUAUAUUAAGCAAUUUACAAAUGUGUUUAAAUAAAUAAAAACUUGAGGUACUGUGGAUGCUCAAGAAGGGGCUCCAAAGAUGGAAGCGGACUUUCCUUCUGAUAUCUACAUCCUAAUCUGUGCAGAGCCUUAAAAGUAAGCACUGGCACUUGGAAUAGUACUAGAACAAAAGCCAAUGGAGCUACAUAAGCACAGGCAAGAUAUAUUCUCAGUAACAGCUCCAGAAUAUAUCUAAACAGGAGGUUUCCAGAACAUGGACAAGCUAUCUCCAUAAUGCGCAGUGUACUGGGUAUAUCAAUUGCAUCAUAUCUGCAGAAUGAUUGAUUCUUCAUUUUUCUAAACUAACAAAACUCUGCGAAAUGUUUUUCCAAAUUGCCCUGCUCGUGCUACAAGAGCAACUGAAACCACAUUGAUGCUUUGAGUCUCCCAUUGACUACUGGUGUGAAACUCCCUCUUCCACCUGCAAAUAUGUGGGCAGGCAGAAGUGCUCCCAGUAGGGAACCUGGCAGCAGAAGCCAGCAGAAAGACCCCAAACACAGUUUUCUUAUGGUGAGGCUGAGUCAGAUCUAGGCUGGCACAGCCAUUCGCCUGCCCACUACCCUCUGUCCCAGCCACAAAGCUUUGGAUAUAACUUUGGCCCCACCACCCAUAAAGCCCCAGCAGACUGUAGGAGGUUAGAUAGGAUUGCUCCUUUAGUCCUUUUUCACACUGUGACAGAAAGAGAAGCAAAGAGAAAUUGCCAGCAAAGUUUAUAUGCCUCUUUUGUGCCAGGGGCUUUAGGAGAAAUAUAUUCACAUAAAUGCACAACAAGGACUGAGACUGAGGUCAGAUACUGAGACUCAAGCACAGAAUGUAUCUUCGGAUCUUUAGGCUUUGACCAGGGGGUUCCGGGUUCAGUUUCCAUGCCCUGCUGUGAAUCUUUGGGGCUUUAUCAGCCAGGUUGUUCUUUCUCAGUUCUGUUUGCUUUAUAAAAAACAAAAACAAAGAAACCGGAAAUACCUAAUGUAAAGCAGAAUUAAAUAAUUAUUGCAAUAUCCUUGCCGCACAAAAAGAAAGAGCCACAAAUUGUACAUUAACUUUUCAGUUUUUUAGUGGAUACCGCUAAUCAUUUAUGGUAUGCUUUUUCUUAACAGGUGAGGUCUACAUCUUAGCAAGCAGUAAAAGCAUGACACACUCUCACAAUGGGAAGCUCUACAAAAUUGUUGACCCCAAAAGGUAAGAGAUGCUUUAGUGAGUGAGUGAGUUGGUGCCGUUUACCUAGAGGAGAGGCAGUGGUGAGGUUGACAUUGUGUAAGCACAUAGGUGGAACCAAUCCAGCACUCCUUCCUGUGCAUUUGAAGAAGCAGAAGCAGCGUUUGGAUUUGAUAUCCCGCUUUAUCACUACCCGAAGGAGUCUCAAAGCGGCUAACAUUCUCCUUUCCCUUCCUCCCCCACAACAAACACUCUGUGAGGUGAGUGGGGCCGAGAGACUUCAGAGAAGUGUGACUAGCCCAAGGUCACCCAGCAGCUGCAUGUGGAGGAGCGGGGAAGCGAACCUGGUUCCCCAGAUUACAAGACUACCGCUCUUAACCACUACACCACACUGGCUCCUUUGCACCACACUACCCUCCCCCUCCCCUCCUCCUCCUAGUAAGCAGCAGCGGCUCACCUGCCACAAGGAGGCCUUUUUUUCAGCCAGAACUCACCAGAGCUCAAUUCCGGCACCACUCAGGUGGGCACCAUUGCGAUUAUAAGAGAACAAGGGAGGUAUUUGUGGUGAGUUCUGGUACCUCUUUUUUUUUUUUUUUUUAGAAAAACAGCACUCCCAAGAGUCACACAGCUAAGCAGAGAGAAAAGGGGCUUAUCCACACUUACCUUUCCUCUGUUAUUUCCAGGCACAGUCCGCACUUUAAAUCUCCGUGUCCAAGCACCCGCCCACCUGUUUUUCUCUCUCUCCAGAGCCUUCCCCAUGAAAACCCACUCUUUAAAGCUCAAUCGGAUUUGUCAUUCAAAUGAAUAAGCUUUCAAAAUCAUGAGUAAAAUACAAACAACAGCUUUUUUAUUGGAAGUGGAGAAGGUACUGUGGAGUAUUGUGGAGGCAGGGUACUCCAUCAAUACUUGGAUGUGUAGACUAUUGAGAUGUGCAGGAAAUGGCAAAGUGGCAGGGAAGCUGAAAUAAGAGGGCUCUGCUUUGACAGAGGGGUAUAAGUGAUUCAGAAUUUUGAACAACCUAACAGUAAAUUAAUAACAUAUAGGAAAGUUCCAUUACUUUGUCAUGUAUCUGCCACUGAAAUGUUAUUAAUUAAGAAGCAGAUGUUACUGCAGUCAAUCAAGCAUACUAUAUUUGUUUUAUUUAUGAAUUCUAGGUGGAAAAGUACUUUUGCAAAACAAAUCUUGCUGGCUUCAUUUGGAUUGUUUAGUCUGUUGGUGUGUGGAUUUAGGCGAAUUUUACACCUUUAAUCCACUAUUAGUAUCUAAUUACAAGGGGGUUGCUUUGUUUGACCUUGGCUUUGUGCUCCUGUUGCCUCGGCGAUUAGGGUGGUCUCAAAAUGACAUACCUGAAAGGCCAGACCUCCCAAUGCAGAGUUCCUGGUUAGCUAUUUAAUGUGUGGCAGAGGGUAAUGCAUCUGGCUAGAAUAAGACAAGAGGGGGAAAUACACUGUUCUAAUGACACUAUGUACUCUGGCAUACAUUCGAAAUGAAACUGAUUUUAAAAAUGGAAAGCCAGGAAAUACUUUGUUAAGAUAGCAGCACUAAAGGAUUUCACAAGAUUUCUUUUACGGGUGUUUUGGCAUGUGGGCAAAAUUGCAUUGAAAUCAUUAUUUCACAUUCAGUACAGCUUUUGAAUGAAAUGGCUAGAUCUAAAGCACACAUAGAAAAGUGCUCUGUACAACUAAGGCCACAUGGCUCUUUGCACAGCAUCGCCAUAGUACUGUUCUCUCAUGUAUGUGCAGUGCUUAGUACAGAUGGAAAUAUACCAGUGGGCUUUCCCUGCCAGUCCCUUGUUACUUCUCUGCAGUAGGAUUCCACACCAGUUUCUUAAGUGGAAGGCAGAGCAGUAGCUCUGCUCUUGUCUGAUGCAAGCAGCAGGAUCCCAUAGGGAUAGAACAUGAAAAACUGCUCUUCUGUACUUGCAGCAUCCCAAGUACAUGUGGAAGAGGAUUACUGGAUUAAAACAUUUCCUAAUAACCUUUAAAUACACCAAGCAUUUCUUCCUAGAAUAAAUAGAACAGACCUGCUAGAUGUCUAGUCAAUAAGAACUGACAUUUAUCUUAAAAACUGGAUCUUAUCAGAUGCACAGAAAAACUGAAGAAAUUUUGCUUAACUGAGCUUCAAGUGGGUAAGAUGGCAUUUUCACAAUAAGUAAAGCUCUCAGACCCAGGGGAAUACAAUCAAAAUACAAGUCAAGCGAAAGUCAAGCCUUUCAGGUGAUAAUAGGUCAUGGUAUGGGGCUGUCAGUGGCCCAAUGUGCUUUUGGAAGCCACUGGGUUGGAAUUGUCCGCUCCAUGAACUGCCUCACAUUUGAUAGAGUCGCCAGUGAUGAAAGUCAAUAAAAUGAUUUUCUGAAAUUCAUAUGCAUGAUACACAAUCCGUCACUUCAAAGAAUCAACAAACCAAACCCUGAACACUGCUUCUGUCACCUUUACAACUGCAUUGCACUUGUGGGGAGAAGAGAAAGGUGAGGAGCCUUGAGAGCUGUCCACCACAUACCUCCUGGUGUUCCAGGAGAGGUGACUCCUCCCUCUUGCCCCCAACUGCUACUACAGGGCUACUCAUGAACCAUCUUGCCUUGAAAGGAGGACAAAUACGGCUUUCCAGAAGUUUCCUCACCCUCCAAUUUGCUGCUACUGUUUCAUUCUAGAGACGCAGUCAUGAUUCUUGAUCUAUUUAUUUUUUUAAUGUAAACCACUUUGUAAGGUUUGCCUGAAAAGCAGCAUUGAGAUAUCGUAAAAUAAAUUGCUAUUGGCUUCUCCUGUACAGCAGAAGUUUUCCACACGUCAUUAGUCAUAUCUGUGCUCAGCCUUCAUAGAGAUGAGGAAAGUCUUCAUUGCCAAGCUGCCUGAAGUAAGGCAACAACACUUCAAGGAACAACUUUCAUCAUAAUAAGGGGGUUUCAGGUGCUCUCCAUAUGCUUUGGAAGAACUCAGAUGGGGCAUGCAGAGCUGCAAAGAGCAGGCUGACCACCAUUGCUGACACACACUGUGGCCACACACAUCUGCAUGUUCGAUCACUAUGUGAGGAAACUCUACAGUCCUUGUAUAAAAUGCCUUUCGACCCCAACCAAAUGCACAGAUUGUGGGGAAGGAGUGCAGGCCACAUGUUCCUACAGUCCCCCUCAGCCAUCUUUUCAACAUAUUGUUGGUCUUUUGAACUCCCUUAAUAUUAGCCCUGCUCAAGGGCACAGGCAGGUUUUUCAGUAUUUAAAUAGGGAUGCCAUGAAACAAUAACCCUGUUCCAUUGUUUUGUCUUCUUUUAAUUGAAGCUUAAUUUGCUCCUGUUUGUACAUUCAUUCUCACCUUCAUCCACAGGGCAUUUCCCACAUUUUAUAAAGUUUUAAAAGCAACAUUUCCUUAUUUACCUUCUUGCUCCAUUUCUUCUCCGAAUUUCUUUGCAGGGAGGGCACAACAAAUGCCUUGCAGACAUACCUAGCUUCUCUCCCUCCCUCCCUUUUGGAGGGAUUUAUUUUUUGAAUGUUGUAUUAGUACACAUGAAGCUGUAAAUAGUCAUGAGCAAAAGAAACCCACAAAGAAACAAAUCUGAGAGCCAGAAGCAUGUAUGUAUAUGGAAAAUGAGCAAACUAACUUGGGGCAAUGGAAAGAAACAUGAAACUGUGCUGGUGGUGGUUCAGUUAUGUCUUACCUGGCUAGCCUUAGACCAGGCAUGUCCAAAGUCCGUUUCAGGGGCCUAAUCUGGCCCUUGUGGCAGUUUAUUUCCUGAGCUAAAAUCCUGAAAGAAACCUUAACAACUUCAAUCCUAAAAAAAGGUCAACAAAUUUGGUUGGCCCUUAUGGCCCUCCUCUUCAUCAAAUCUGGCCCUCUUUGAAAAAAGUUUGGACACCACUGGCUUAGACAAAUAAUGAUAUUUCAGCCAAAUCUGAUGAACAUGUUUGAGGAAUGAGAUAAGAACUGCUGCAGAAUACUUUAUUUACCCUGUCCUGUAUAAAUGAGCGCCAAUGACAUUUAGCUCACUUUUCUUGUACUUUUGGAGUAGUUUUUCUAUGCACUGUACAAACACUUCUGGCACAAAUAACAUCAUUCAGUUCUGUUUCAUUUGUGAGGAGCACUUUACCUUAGAAGAUAUGAAUUAAGAAUAAAGAGCAUAAAACUGCAAUCUAUAUAACUUUGUGGGGGGACACACCCUACUUUAAGGUAGUGGUUCCUCAGGAUGAUUUCAGACCCUUUUACAACCCUAUGAUUCCGUAAAACACGCAGAAUGAAAACCUCUUCUCCACAAUUAUCUUCUUAUGCCCGAUUGCCUUUAAAUAAUACUGUGGAACUAUGUAAUAUAAAGCUGUCAGCAAACAGCAGUUGACCGGGGAAUCCACCCAAGUGGACCAUGAGAGUCCCUUGAAUUCAAAAUGUACCUAAUCCUUAAAGUCAUUCGCAGUUGUAGAAGCCCAGAACAAGUGCUUCAAAAUACAUAUGUAUAUUUAGAAUAACAUAAUUAGCUCAUUUUCCUAUCUACAUGCAGCUGCCUUCCUUGUAGGUGAAACAUGCACAUUAACGUUAUUUGAAUUUGUAAACCCAAAGACUUUAAACUUUGUAACAUCAGUUAUCAGUUAUUAUUUUUAAAGUCACAUCUUAAUCCAUGCACAGAGCACUUCCAUUCCCCCUCCCUUCCUUUCUAACAUUGGCUAUUAAGGACCUCUUUGUGUACUUCAUUUUAUAAGGCAAAAAAAUACCUCUUCGGUUUAUAUUUUGCCUGUUUUCGGAUGCAUGCACGGAGCUGCUUUCUCUGCUGCCGUAAAGAAUGUAAUACAUAAUUGAGCAGCUUUAGCCCCGUAAGCCAGUUUCUUUCCCGAUUCAUCCGUCAAAGUGCUAUGCAAGUGGCCCCCUAAAUUGAUAAAUUCCCACAGUGCCUGUUGACCCAGCUGCCAAGGCCUCAUGCAGCAGGUGUUGUUUUCAUGACCACCCUGACAGUAAUACAAACUGUUUAGCAGUUGCAUUGACCUCACAGCUAUUAACACUGAUACAGGCUCCGCUGGGGACUAGUUUUCAAAUAUGACAGAAUUUCUUAAAGACUAGAGGUCAUGAACAAGUAUACCAUAUAAGAAUAAAUUUGAUAUGCUGCUGGGUUUAAAAAUCUGAAAGCAGGGAAGGCUCUUUUUCUUCCUCCCCACAUCAUUCCCUUGUAGUAAAUCAAGUAAUGAGCUCUUGGCAUGCCUCCCAGCACUGAAAGCAAAUGUACUGAAAAAUCAUACCUGAAGGGGUGCUGUGUUUAUGCUAGAGAAGUAGUUACUUAUUUGUUUUAUUUAAAGAAUUUUUAACCUGCCUUUUAGGGUACACUGCUCUCACAAGGCAGUUUGUAAUAAAAUAAAAUAAAAUACAGUAAUAGCAAACAUACCAUUAAAUUAAAAUCCAUUAUAUUCAAAACAAAAGCAUUAGCUGCUAAACAUUAUUUUUAUGCAGCUGAUUAACCAAAUACAGACUAGGAGGGGAAACAUAUCCAGGGUUUUCUUUAAAAUCAAGAGUGAUGAAGCCUCUGUUGGUGAUUAGGCCUAAGGAGAAAUUAAUUAGAAAAUGUUUGCAUUGCUGUCCUCUGAAGAAAAUUUUUGAUUCUUUCCUUUGGUCCCACUUCCUCUUCCAUCACACCUGGAUAAAGACAAUUUUAGGUGGGAUUUCUGCCACUGACAGGGGAAUGGGGUUAAUUUCAUAACGUCCCCUCAAAUCUCUAAUUGCUGGUGCUUGUGCAUUUGAAUGCAUGUUUGUGUAAACCUGUUGUUGUUCAUUUGUAUACCACCCUUCAUCUGAAGAUCACAGAGAGGUUCACAACAUAAAAAUACAAAAUGAAAACCCAAAAUACAUAAUAAAAGUAAGAACAACAAGAAACAAGAAACCCUUCUCCCACAAACACAUUUAAAAGGGUGUAUAGACUGUUAUCAACCAAAGACCUGCUUAUAGAGAAAUGCUUACGCCUGGUACCUAAAGAUAUAUAAUGCGGGCACCAGGUGAGCCUCCCUGGGGAGAGCAUUCCACAAAUGGGGAGCCACUGCAGAAAAGGCAUGUUCCCAUGUUGCCACCCUCCAGACUGCUUGUGGGGGUGGCACACAAUGAAAUCACUCAGAUGAUGAUUGCAGGGUCUGAGUGGGUUUACAUUGGGAGAGCAGUUGGGCCAGGAUCAAUGUAAAAUGCUCAAACCAUCUUACCCUAGUGAGCAACCUGGCCCCAAAAUUCUGCACCAGCUGAAGUUUCCAAAGCAUCUUCAAAGGCAGCCUUAUGUAUAAUGCAUUGCAGUAAUCUAACCUAGAGGUUACUAGAGCAUAGGCAACAGGCCUUAGACUAUCCAUGUCCAGAUAGGGGCACAGCUGGGCCACCAGCUGAAGCUGAUGGAAGACACUCCACACCAUUAAGACAAACUGACCCUCAAGUGACAGCAAAGGAUCCAGGAAUUACCCCCAAGCUAUGUACCCACUCCUUCAGAGGGGGUGUAAUCCCAUCAAGAGCAUGCAGCCUCUCAUCCAUGCAGUCUAGAGAACUGCCUACUACCAGUGUGUCAGUCUUCUCUGGAUUGAGCUUCAGUUUGUUGGCUCCCAUCCAGUCCAUUACCAAGGCAAGACAAGGGUCCAGCACGCCCGCUGCCACACCUGUAGAUGUAAAGGAGAAGUAGAACUGUGUGUCAUCAGCAUAUGUUGCAGCUUACUGCUUCUGGGCUUGGAAUUGAAACCAAAAGAAAAAAAGAUCCCGUGGACAGGGCUUUCAGGAAGAAAUGUACAUGUCAGCAUGAAACUGCACGCAGGCACACACAUGCGCCAUUAUAUGUAAUGUACAGUGACUGAUUAUGUUGAACACAGGGCUGCCAGAUCACAUCGAUUGAGACUCCUAAGUAUGAAGAUCAGCUUAAGCCUCUGGAACUCCAGUGGUUUGCUCCCCCGACUUGUCCAUGACUCCGGCUUCACUUAUCAUUCUGUUGGCUCUGCUGAGAGGCCAGCUGCCUUUGGCUUUCCUUCAAGUGUCGCCUCACAGCAGCCAUUCCAUCAGGCUCCAGCAGAGGGAGAGAAUGGAAGCAGGGCUAUUCCAUUGGUGCUGAAAGACAAGCUGCCUGUGGCCCUUCUUUUCUCCUCUCAUCUGUCACCCAGUAAUGCACAUUCCAUCAGUCUACCUGAACUGUUUCUAUCCCAACUUGUCAUUGUAAGAACUGUAGCUUUAAGAGCUGGUGUCUAAGUUUUUUUAGCCCCUUCCUCCUCCUGCCCUUUUUCCUUUUAUGUUGUUUCUUCAAGAUAGUAAGCCUGAGGGCUGUGGGCUGCUCUGUGCUGCUCAGGAACUCUUUUUAGCCAAAAUGUGGGGCAAAAUGCUUUCAAUUAAAAAAAUGAUACAAGUGUAACAUGACCCAAAGUAUCCAAUAAUGCAUUUCUGGAGCUCAUGGUAAUAGAAGCAUACAGUAAUAGAAGCAUAGAAUUACAGAGCUGGAAGGGAUCUCAACUCAUCUAGCUCAGCGGCAUUGCAGGAAGUCCACCACCAGAGCAUUCCUGAGAGUUGGCCAUCCAGUCUAUGCUUACAAACCUCUAGCAAGGGAGAUUCCAUACCUUCCAUGGCAGUUUCAGCAUCUGAAGGUUUAUUAUUGUGUGACACUAUCAUAAGACAAGGUCCUCUGUUUAUUUCAUUACACAGUGAAUUCAUGAAAACUUGAUUGCUUCUCUAGGUCCUUUGUGGUAUAUUACAGAGCUGCAAUCCUAAUGUGUGAGUGUGUGGUACUGGGAUAUAUGAUUGCCAACAGACAUUCUGAAUGAUUGAAUCUAUAAUAAUCUGUGUCAGUUUUGGCUUCUGGGCUAUAUGAAUAGAUGGUAGCUUACGUGGGAAUUUUUGUGAGAUUUUUUUUUUUGUGCUCCUAACUUUCUCCAGCAGAGAUUCUCCCACUCUGUUUAAACUGGAGUCCACUGUUGUUAUCUUUCCACCAUCUGAACCAAGCAGCGAUAGAUCAGAAAAGUUCAAACGUACAUGUUAAAAAUAAGAUUAAUUAAGCUACAGCAAACACAGGGAAAAGAAAAAGCAACAUGUACAAAACUAUUGGUUCUUAUGUGAAAUUGUCUAUUAGUCUGCAAACACAGGUGACCUCCAGUUACCUCAAGUUCAGUUCUUACCCCAGGUCCAGUUGUCCCUCCUGGUUCUCCUGUUCUGUGCUUGCUUCAUUACUCUAGUUCCUCAAUCCCAGGUCUCUCUCCCUUCCACCUACACAUACUUCGUUCUUUCUCCCUCUAACUACUCUAACUAUAGUGGGUCAUGGGUUCGAGCCCCGUGUUGGGCAAAAAGUUCCUGCAUUACAGGGGUUUGAACUAGAUUAUUCUCAUGGCACCUUCCAACUCUAUGAGUUAAUGAUUAUUCUUAUGAUGUGUGUAGUUCUAUACACUGGUAGGUAGGUAGAUAGGUAGGUAGGUAGGUAGGUAGGUUGAAUAUGUGCAUGCCAUUUUAGUCCUACAUAUAUAUCUCCGGUAAAAAUAUUAGUAAGAACUUCAAAAAUCAGUAGCACCAUUAUCAUUAACUGCUGAUACUGGUGUGCUUGAAAUGAGAUUUUAAAAAAGGAUGGCAACUUCAUUCUUAUUAGCACCUAAACUAAUUUUUAAAAGUUCUGUUUUUACCAAGAUAGCAGAAUGUCCAAGAGGACUUAGGAGGAGCUAUUGAACUGUAAAGCAGUGUGACCAGGCUUCUAUGAAAAUAUUGUUGCUGGCUAUAAUGUUUGCUGAAUAAGAUAUUGUUCUAAAACAGAGGAUUUCAUCAUCAUAAAAACUCUUAAAAUGUAUGCAAGAUAUACUUUUCCACAACUUCAUAAACUGUUGCAUGGACCAUUUUAAACAGCUUUCUUUGGGAGGAAAAAAAAUGAAUCCAGUCUAUGUGUAAACAAUUUCUCUUUGACCCUGACUUUUAAAUACGUAUGUUGCCUGUAUAUUUUUCUACAGGCCUUUAGUCCCAGAAGAAUGCAAAAGAACAGCUCUUCCUGCCCAGAUAUUGACAUCUGAAUGCUCAAGGCAUUGUCGAAAUGGGCACUGCACUCCCACGGGAAAAUGCUGCUGUAAUCAAGGCUGGGAAGGCGAGUUCUGCAGAAUUGGUUAGUAUUCCGUUCACAAUAAUUCAUGGAAAUAGCAAGCUUCCAUCAACUUCUGACAAAAGUUGGGUUUUUUUUAAUCCAUAUAUUUUAAAUUCCUCAUUUACUCAAGCUUCUAUCAGCAAGCAAUGAAUGGGUGGGAGGGGAAGGGAAAUCACAAAGAGCAAGAGACUCGGAAAUUUGCUUUCAUCAAAUGACAUGUGUGCAUUUGAUAAACUGUGCCAAAGCUAUCCUGGAUGUUGCUCAUAUGUAGUCUGUUUGGGACCACUGGAAUGAAACGACACACAUCUGGGGACUAACACUGUUACCAAACAUAAACAUUCAUUUGCCAUCCUUCAAAUGCUUCUCCACACUUUCAGUCAAUUUCUCUGUGCACACAAGAGGAGCUAACCUGUGGAAAUAGACCUUAGGAUGAGAAGAUGGAAGUGGGAUACAGGUUAAAUAGAGAGAAUGAGUGAGGCAAGGAAACCUCUGAAGCAUGCAGCCAUAGAGUCCUUGAGGGACAUCUGUUUCGCUAUACUGUUCAAAGACCAGAAGGAACUUCCUACAGUCAUUCUGUUCAUUGGAGACAUUCUGACCACCGCCACCUGGCCAGCUAAGGGCAAUGCACUCCAGAAAGGGAUCCUAGUGAGUUAGAACAGUGUCUAUGGAUGUAAUAUGUACCCUGUACAAGACUCUCUGUUGACCCUCCCAAUGUUCACUCUGAAUGAGUUGGAGCAAAAUAAAACAUAUCAUUUUUAGAUUAAUUUGUACAUUUCACAGCCAUAUUUUUUUUUAAAAAAAACUUAAUUUUAAAAUGGAGCUCUUGAUGGUUAGAAUUCCUUGCAGCUCCAGGAAUUUCUUCACCAAAGAAAAAGACAAUGGCAGACCAUAUGCAGAAUAACAGUUGAUAAGAAUGUGGUAGACUCCCUAAAUCAGAGAGAUACUUUCAUGAGCAAGGUAUUCUUUUACAUAUUUCUGUUAUAUUUUUAUCCAAGUUUCUUUUCCCCAUCCCAUAAUGUAUCAUGGCCUAUUUUAUAUUCUGAGAAACAGACAAAAGCAAAUGGUUCAUUUUUUUGGAAAUAACUAAAUAAAUCCAUACUGCUGCCAUUAUGAUAGAGAAAUAGUUCCCAUUUUGUACAUAUGGAUUUUUUUCCUGAUUCUUGGGAAAGCCUCUACAUAAGAGUUUUUUGUGUGUGUUUUUUACAGCAAAAUGUGAACCAGCCUGUCGACACGGGGGUGUCUGCAUACGACCAAAUAAAUGCAUGUGUAAAAAAGGAUAUCUUGGUCUUCAGUGUGAGCAAAUGGAUAGAAACAUCCGAAGAGUGACAAGGGCAGGUAUUCUUGAUCAGAUCAUAGACAUGACAUCCUAUUUGCUGGAUCUAACCAGCUACAUUGUAUAGUGUCUGGGACUUAUUUGGAUACCACAUUUUCAAUGGGCAUUUGUUUUUCAAAUCUUCUCUUCUCUUCUCUCUCUCUCUCUCUCCCCCCCCCACCACCAAAAGACUCUUGUCCUGCUUUGAAACUCCAGUGAUUCCACUGGGUUUGUAGAUCUGCCUUUUUACCUUUUCAGAGAAGCAAAAACGUACAAUUCACGCACAAACAUCUGGUUGCAUAACUAGUGGAAUUCCAAAAUUUUAUUUCCUCAUGUGAAGUAGUUUACACAGAAAUGCCACUGUUACCACAAAUAAUUUCCAAUGGUGUCACUAUGAAUUAUUUGAUAUCCCACCAUUUUUUGUGUAUAACUAUCUGAGUAUAGCAAUCAGAAAAGGAGUUUUGAAACUGUUGGCCAUUAUUAAAUUUUGAUUUUAACCAUGGUUAAUAUAUUUGGCAGGUGGAUUCAAAUGACCAGUUGCCAUCCAAUUCAUGUAACAAUAAACACAUUGGUAAUUUUUUCCCCUUCCAUUAAAAGCUGUUCUCCAGGAUGGGAAAAGGGUAUUGUAGUAAGAGCUAUUAUCCACUGGAAUCUUCAAAUGAACAAAUUAUGACGUUAAAAUUGCAGUUACCAUAUCAAAAAACAUGACCAUGUGAAUCUACCCCACCAUUCUAAGACAAUGUUUCGGAACUCCUGAAUGCAUUCUUAUAUAGGCAAUUCAUUGUAAGAUUGUAAUCUACACUUCUAUCAAUGUAACAGAAUGUUAUGCACUUAACUACUUUAUCUGGCAUAGAUGCAAAAAUCUGGCUAUCGCAGCUUAAUUUCCACACUGUUUCAAGUUCUUCAUAAUUAAAUUAUAUCUGCAUAUUUUAAAACCAGUCAUUGUAGAAGGUCUGUUUUUUUGUUUUGUUUUGUUUGUUUUGUUUUGGUUUUUUUUACUGAAUAUCUUAUUUAACAAUGGGCAGUGGGUUUGUGUUACAUAUUUAUAUUAUUUUAUUUUAAUUUUUUAUAAUAUAGACAUCAUCUAGAUGAACAGCUUUGCCAUGUCCUGUCAAAUACUAAAGUUACAUUUUUCUCCAAAUUAAUUGGAAUGAUGGGGAGCGAAAGGGCAAACACACUCUUUAAUGUGUUGUGGACAUAAUGUAGAAAUGUAUCCUUGUGUCAGCCUUUGUUCGUAAUCGACGGAGAAACAGCUGCAGCCAAUCAACCAGUCGCUGCAAAUGUUGAUAGAGUUCUUUCCACUAUAUCAGGACUGGCCCAUUUUUAUAUGGUAUAUGAAUUUAUUGCAGAAUUCACAUUGAAUGGAACUUCACUGGAUGGGAGCUCACUUUAGCUAAAGUCUUGCCUGUGUUAAGAGGACACUUGUACAAAUCAUUAAAAUUAUGAUUAUUGCCAAAUAUGGUUCAAAAUGUAAAUGUUUCUUGGAGAGUUAACAUAAUGCUGUUUCCUUUUUGUAAAUGUAUCAAUAAAUUUGAUGUACAUGCUGUAUUCAGAAUUGUUAAAGUAUUGAUUAAUAUUGGAACUAUAGGAUCACCCUCAGAAUUUAAAAUGCUUAUUCCUGCAAUACUUGUGCUGUAGUCUGUGUGUUCAUACUUGCGGUGUAUAUCAAUUUCUCUUUGUGCUAUUGUUUUUGCAGAGAAGUCUUCCCACACAGAGAGAAGGGAAGAGCAAGGGUGCCCUUCGUCCCACAGUUCAUCAAACACCUGUUCCUCCUACACCAACAGUGUGCAAUGUUUUAAGCAAUGUAGCCUGACACUUUGACCAAACAUCCCCAGCCUCCUUGACAAUGGUAUCUGUAGGAGAGGGAACGCAUUUAUAAGAGUGAGUUCUUCAGUCACUAAAUGAAAUCAAGCCAUUUCUUCAUAAAUUUUAGUACUGCUGCAAUUUGUAAGCAAAACGCAAUAGGUAAGCUGUUGGUGUCCAAACAUCUGUUUUAGAGACAGCAGAAGGAAGCAGCGCUUGCACUUGCCAUCCACCUAUGAUUCCUCUUGGGUUUCAAGUGACCUCCUGACAAAUGGAAAUUGGUUGAGAAAUCUUGGUCGAGUGCUUAGUGAACAAUGGGGCAGCAUUAAAAAGUGCAUGCAUAAUUUUGCACAAUGUAGACCCAACUGACACUCUAUUCAGAGAAGGUUCAGGAUUAAAUGAGCAUGGAGACCAAAUUACCCUCUUACCCCAGAAAAGGGUGGUCUCUUCCAGUCCUGCUAGCACGUCAUUGGCUAAGCAGUGUGACAAAUCUCGCAAUGAACCCUGCAAUAGCCUGCAUCUGUAGGUUAAUAGCAGCCCUUUGUCUCCAUUGCUUUCUCCCUAUAGUCUUUUUACUGAAUCACAUCACAAAAAGUUUUACAAUUAAAAAAAAAUGUCCUGGCAACCAUUUUUGUACAUUGACCUUACCUCCUAAUCUUCUCUUAUUCAACGUGGGGGUGGCAUUAACAAAAUGUGAACUUCUAGAGAAUGAGGCAGCUGUCUAAAUCUAUCAAAUCGUGCUGUUUUAUUACACAUUACACUGUUCACAUAGCUUUGCCAGAGUAAGAGUGAAGUUACUGCACGUUUACAAGCAACUCACAUUUAGAUGAUUCAAAUAGCUGGUAUUUCCAUGCAGACCUAGGUGAGGGAGAAAGAGAGGGGUUUUUUCAUAGCUAGCAAAACUUCAUCUAUGACAAGCAAAUAUGUUCGGUUCCUAUGUUUUUCAAGCAAUUUAAACAAUAGCAGGUAAACUGUGGUAACAAGAGCUCAAGGCUGCAUUCUUAUAGAAGGUUAAAAUCUUGAAGUGAGUAAAUAUGUCAACCACACACGUUGGUUCAUAAAAAAACACAGGGAUAUAUAAUAACUGAAAUCAUGGCAUUAUUUUGUUAGUGAUUAUACAAAAAAAAAACACCUCUUGCCAAUUUGCAAUAACUAAUUGCAGUGCAAGUGGCAAUGACACAAAGUCUGUUUUAUAAUAUUGAACUGGAGUAGCAGCUGAAACAGCCCAAACUACACAAUUAAAAUAUUGAAUUAGAAUAAUAUGGAAAGGAAUGUGUUUCUGUGAACGUCUCCUACAAGUGUAUAAUAUAGCAUGAGAACUCCCUGAUGGAAAUAAAUUGUUUUCAGUAAAUUUACUGAAAAACUAAGCUGCAUAUUUAUGAAAAGCACCACAAUUAUUGAAGAAGUCAGUGGAUGACUUUAAGCCUUAUUUCUAAAAACUGCCCUUUAAGCCUUAAAAAGAGGCUUAACAGAAUAUAGUAAUUACCUUGAGUAAUGGCAUGCAAAAAUAUGUAAAUUAUUUCUGUGACAAUUUCAUUGCUAAUUAAGCUCACACCAUGGCAACUCACAAUGCGACCCUAAAAUUGAAGUUUACAAUGAAACUUUUGCCCCCAGUAAAAAUUAAGGUCGGUGGGGCAAUCAGUUAAUAGGCUCAAAGAAGAGCAUAUGACUUUUGUACUUGGGCUCAAGCUUUUCUUUCAUCAGCCUCUCCUGGUCUGCAAUUCUAAUGAGGUUUUUUUGAAAUAUUGUCUUUGUUUCCACAGCAAUGAUAUUUUGGGGUAGAAAGUGCUCUCAUGCGUAAAAAACUCUGCAUAUGCCAGUGCAUAUGCUUAUAUCUACUUACGAAGUUGAAUGGAUUUCAAUAAUUUUAUCUCUCACCUUUAAAGAACAAUGCAAACAAGAAAGCUCUUAUGAAAAAUAUUUAACUAAUCAUGUAUAAAUAACUAUAGCAACCGUUAAUCAGUGACAAGCUAAUAUUUGUGUGUAGACCCACUGGUCUGCCAUUACAUGACUCUUGAGAGCCUGGAUAUUUGACAGAAAUGUCACAGUUCUUGUGAUAUUAAGGUGCCAUCAUUAAGCUAUUCUCUAAUUAGUUAUAGCAGGCCUGUAUAUUUUCUUCCGUCAGCUGACUAUUAUGUUGCAUGUCCAGGGCAUACGAUUAGGCCAAAAGCCACAGACUGGCACUCAACAAAGUCCACGUUAAAGGAACUGCAUGAAAUUUGGGGCAUGUCUAUGUAUGUUGUCUGGGAUUUAUAUCCCCCCAUGUUCCAUAUUCCUAGAUAAUUGGGGACAGGGUUGCAGCCUUAAGGGCUAAAGUUGUACCAUUGAAGGUGCAGUGAUCAGUUGGUACAGUCAAAGGUAAGAGAAAUCUAUGGAUGUAGAGAGGCCCAGGCUAUCAAUGGAAUUAUCAUAGAAUUAAGUACUGGUAAGUAAAACAUGGGCAACUCUAUUUCCAUUUAUUUCCUUUAUCUAUGACUGCACAAAAUAACUGUGUCCAGAACUGCAGAGGGCUGCUGAACUCUUACGUUCCAAACAUGCUAGAUUUUCAGGGCUCAGCUUCCUACACUGAUGCUGGAUGGGAUGAUGUCAGUACACUUCAUAAUAGCAGGGUGCUUGGUCAUGCUUGAAGUCUGAAUAUGCUGGUCCUGUGCUAGGUGGAUAAAUUAUCUGGGUCUCACUCUACGCCUCUCUGGUGCUUAUGCCCUUCAGUACCUGACUGCAUAGUGAGGAAAUCAUGUAGACAAGUGCAAAACAAAACCCAUUCCUGCCCCACUCUCAACUGGCACCUAUAAUGGCAUACAGAGAGCAGUGGUUCUGCCCUUUGUGAUAAGCUAGACAAUGCAGUAUUUUGGGUUUCCUCAUCAUUCCUUAUCACAAGACAGUGUCAUCUGUGUGGAAUGUUAAGGAAACAGCAAGGCUGAGGUUCCCUUAUGUUCGGAGGCAGUAAUGCUUCGGAAUACCAGUUGCUGGGAACCACAGGAGAGGAGAGUGUUAUUGUGCUCAAAUCCUGCUUAGUAAUUUCCCACAAGCAACUGGUUGGCCACUGCGGAAACAGGAUGCUGAACUAGAUGGGCCAUUGGUCUGAUCCAGCAGACUCCUCUUAUGUUCUUCAUCACACUAAAACAGGGCUCUGCUUUUCUUGGUUUCAGCUCUUUAGCAUUCCUAGCCUAAUGAUUAAUCUGUCAAGCAGAACAAAGAGUAACUCUUACUGUUUUGAAAACAAAGCACCAGUACAACAGGAUACAUGCAGAGAUAUGUGGCUAGUCCAGUUAGGAGGAGGUGUGAACAAAUGAAGAAGGCAAUCCUAUAUCUGUUCCCAUGCCUCUGGAGUAACGAGCAGUGAUGUUCAUAGGUCCAUUCCUGUACCAAGCCUGCAGAUCUUGCUCAGCACAACUUCCCUGUAACAUGAUAAUUUGCAGGAUUGCAUUUACAAGGAGCAAGGGAUGGCUUUUUAUGGCAUUUUUACGAUUUAAAAGUUUUCAAUUAUUUUAAAAUAAGUGCAGCUCUAACACUGAUUUCACACAUGAUUAUAGAUAUCCUCAUUCUAUAUGUAGCAUAUCUUUAUCACACUAGUGUAUAUAGACAUCAUAAUGUUAUCAGCUAAAACAUGGGAGACAUGUGUUUGAACAAGGAAGAAAGGAGCCAUAGCUGAAGUCUUGGUUUCCAAUGCUACACAACAAAGCCUACAUAUUGUUAAUGAAGUUUAGUAUAUUACAUAUUUGUAUUUCUCCUUCAACUUUUCAAACAUUGUCUGCUUGCUUAUAUAACAAUAAAACAUCUACUUUUUAAUCAC